GAUUAGCUUUUCAACAUGGCCGCGGCAACCGGACUUGAUUCUGUCUGGGAGUGCAGGUAGCGCUGAUGACAGUAGGAUAAGCUCCUGAGGCGAGGCGAGUGUAUAUUGUACUGGUGGUUGGACCUCUCUUCCAGGUGGGUCCUAUGCGAGGCACGAGUUGCUGGUUCGCUACCUGCGCUGCCUUUGCAUGCCGGGGGAAAGUAUGCGGAGGGUGGGGGCGAAAAGGAAAAACUCCGCUGGGUGAGAAGAGACUCGGAGGAGGACGCAGGAGAGCCUCCUGCCGGGGGUAUUUAGGCGGAGAAGUUCACAUGAGAUGGGCACGGCAGCUUGCUUGCCGAGACGAGCGAGGAAGGCACUAGUAGACUGUUGCGGGUGGUUAUUUAAAUAUAGCCAGGCUUUUAAAUUAACACUUGCCCACGUGAUGAGAGUAACCUUUUAGCAAAGUUGUCAAGUAUAAAAAGCAGCCACGGAACGUGAGUGCUACAUUCCUUUGCCCUCUUUGGAGUUAGCUCUACUGAGCUUGUUUGGUGGGACGUAAUUCUGAGUGAAGGUACCUACAGUACUUUUAAGCUUGAUACUUGAAUAGUAGUGCCCCUCAAGGUACUUCUUUAAGAAACUGAAAUGUGAAUUGGAGCAAGUUGCAUGAUCAAGGGGGGCUUGAUUCAUCAUAGAGCAGCUGGGCAAAGUUUAUUUGGCAGUGGAAAGUUUCCCACAGAGCAGUUAAGUCGAAUGUGGCACCAUAAGAACUGUUCAGAUAUAAUAAAUGAGCCUUGCUUUAUUAAUGAGUCCACUAGAUCAGUGUUUUUCAACCUUUUUUGGGCAAAGGCACACUUGUUUCAUGAAAAAAAUCACGAGGCACACCACCAUUAGAAAAUGUUAAAAAAUUUAACUCUGUGCCUAUAUUGACUAUAUAUAAAGUAAUUCUCUUGAAUAGGAAUCAAAUAAACACAAAGAAAGUAUUUUAUAAUUACUUUAUUAUGAAAUAGUAAGUAAACAGAAAUAUGAAAAAUUAUAAAAUACUUUAUUCAGUGCGCAACCUGGGCCUGUUUGGCUGAACACAAAGCUGAUAUUCUGGCUGGAAUCGAACGUUGCGGACCGUUCUCUGCUCAGCGGGGAUCGAUCCGCUGAUCCCCGCUGAGCCGGCGGAUGACAGCUCCGUCUCCGCACUGUGUGCGGAGAGGGAGAUGUCAGAGCCCCGCUGCUCUCUAUGGGGAAUCGGAUGAGAGCGGACCGCCUGUCCGCUCUCAUCCGAUCCCAUCCGAUCUGAUCCCCACCCAGGACGGAUGGAAAAUAGGGUGGACACAGUCCGGCACCCGCCUAGUGGGCGAAAAUUUGACUUUUUUAAAAAAAUCUUUCGAAUUUUUCAAUUUUUCCCACGGCACACCAGGCAACAUCUCGCGGCACACUAGUGUGCCGCGGAACAGUGGUUGAAAAACACUGCACUAGAUGACUUAAAGUUUUGGGGGUUUUUUUAACCUGCAGGAGUAAUUCUUGCUGGGCUAAAAGGUUUUGCUCAUCUUAAUGCAGAAUUUGCUAACCCUCUCUAGCUCAGGCUCAACCCCACCCCCCUCAGAGAUUUCCAUAUCCUCACAAAGAUUUAACCCCUUUUUAUUGUUUCCCUUGCAUCCAUACUGUCCCCUGUAUUUCCACUCAAGAUCAGCUUAGUCUCUCAACUUGUUAUUGUUAGGCCUGAGGGAAGGCUAGACACCUGCAGUUUCCACUUUCCUGUUUUCACUCUCAUCUGUUUACCUGCAAAUGUUCUGACGGAUUUUCAAUGGGCAAACAAGACAAUUGCUAUUCUUGUUAUUUUAUAAAAGUGUUUGUUAGUUAGUUUGUUUGUUUGUUUGUUUAUGUGGACAAUCAAGUAUAUUAGGUUAGUUGUCUGUCCUGCUAGACAUUCUAACUUUGUGUGGGGAAAGACUAAAGUUCCACUUCUAGACAUGAAUCUUUCUGUAAAUUUCCGUCUCUCAUUUUAGGAAGUGCAUUGUAAGUGAAUGUUUGACAGAUAUGAUUUAAGAAUAGGAUCUGAUGAGUUCUAGUCUUUUGUUUGCAUUUUGAAGCAGGAAGAUGCAUCCAUUUGGUAAGGAGGAAUCUGCAUCCCUGGAACGGCUCUUCUGGUUUUUUUGUGAUUGUGUGAAGAGGGAAGACUGGGAACUUGCACAGGCCUGCAUUCCUCAGUUACACCGGUGGCAGGAAGAUGGCUGUGAAAAAGUGGAAAGGAUCCUUCAUGCUCUAAUAGUCUGCCCUUCUCAUCUGAGGUGAGCACUACAUUGACUUUUGGUAACUAACAGUUGAAAAUGUGUGAAAAAGUUGCAAGUUUUAAAAUAUUACAGUGCAGUCCUGUACAUAGAUGCUCCAAAGAAAGUCCCAUUAUUUUCAGUGGGGCUUAUUCCCAGGUAAGCGAAUGCAGCCUUAAAGUAUGUUUUGAGUGUGUUCCUUAUUAAUUUCAAAAGGGCAGCAGUGUUAAUUUUUUGCAACACAAAUAACAAAGGUUAUUGAGUAACAAAUUUAUUAUGAUACCGACUUCUGUCAACUCCAGUUCACCAUUGGAUACAUGAAGUGUUAUCCUGAAUAGCAGGAACAUAGAUAUUUGUAGAGGGGAAGAGUGAUUGUGAACUUUGAGGAAAGAAGGAAGUGGAAUGCAGAAAUGUGAAGAUGGUAAGAAUUACAUAACAGGGACGAUUCACAAAAAACAGUGUUUGAAAACACAGGUAUCCUGACAUUUGUAAGUCAGUUAUCACAAAUGAUUGUGGCAAUUCCAUAAACAAGCAAUAGUACUGAACCUCUUGAUAUACUGCCAUUUACUGCUUUCAUCUUGUAGUCUCCCUUUGAAUUUCCUUUGUUCAAGAAUGGAUUCGAUUGUGGUAGAGCUUUGAGCACCAUUGCUUUGGGGGGUUAUGAGCUGCUCUUGCUAGGGCUGCAGUUCAAAGCAGUUCAAAAGUUACUGAGAUUUCUAGAUAAAUGAAUUUAGUAUGGAAAAUGACUAAUUUGGGGAUAUCUCCUUGUAGGUGUGGAUCGAACCACAGUCCUCAAAAACUUGCUUGGUUUUGGCUCCUUGUUUUGCAGACGUGGCUUGCAUGGGAGCAGGUAAAAAAAAUCUGUUCCAUUCCAGAUAAGAAAAUAAAAAAGGUAAAGGUACCCCUGCCCGUACGGGCCAGUCUUGACAGACUCUAGGGUUGUGCGCUGUCCGGAGACACUUCCAGGUCACGUGGCCAGCGUGACAAAGCUGCAUCUGGCGAGCCAGCGCAGCACAUGGAAACGCCGUUUACCUUCCCGCCAGUAAGCGGUCUCUAUUUAUCUACUUGCACCCAGGGGUGCUUUCGAACUGCUAGGUUGGCAGGCGCUGGGACCGAGCAACGGGAGCGCACCCCGUCGCGAGGAUUCGAACCGCCGACCUUUCGAUCGGCAAGCCCUAGGCGCUGAGGCUUUUACCCACAGCACCAUACUUCUGUCCUAAUUUGACAAAUUUUGUAGCACCCAAUGAAGUUUGAGAAUUGCUGCUGUUUUAGUAAUUACAAAAAAAAAUUGGAAGGCUAUUAAAAAAGGCUUUGUCUAUGACCAGGCAUAGGCAAACUCGGUCCUCCAGAUGUUUUGGGACUACAGCUCCCAUGAUCCCUAGCUAACAGGACCAGUGGUCAGGGAUGAUGGGAAUUGUAGUCUCAAAACAUCUGGAGGGCUGAGUUUGCCUAUGCCUGGCUAUGACUGUAACAUUAUGCUCUUCUUCAAUUAGUUUGAUAGUGCAAGUCCUGUUGAUAUUCUGAAUGGAUAGGCCACAAUGCAAAAUAGCUAGCUCUGUUCAAAUAGCAAAACGAUGCAUAUAAUGAUGCUUUCUUUUCAAUUCUUGCAAAACGCCAGUGGCAGUUCUAAGUUUUUGAUGUUCCUGCCCUUGUUCAUUGAAAGGCAGACUGACUUGCAGAACUUACACAGAUAUAGAUUCUGUCAUGGGGAUAAAGUGAUAAGAAAAUCCUUUGCUUCGUUUCUGUGUGCUAAGUAGCUGGCAUAGUCAUAGGAGUUGACUCAGUAAGAAAGUUGGCAGUCUUACUGAACCAGUGGGCAAAAACAUUCUUUUAGAUUUGGCAAUGCCCCCCGCCAAAAGCACCACCCUCCAGCUCUCUGCAAGGUUCCCAUAAAUUGUUCCCUUAGAUUGUAGCUGUCAUUUUUUAAACUAAUUGAACCAAAUAUUUAGUUUAUAAGUACUGGCAAGUAAAAGGUGUUGGCUGAAUGCCUGUCUAUUUGAAAUUAGUCUAUUUGAGCAAGAAGUAUCAAAGUAGACUGGGAAAUAAGUUGCAAUCUCUCCCCAGCUCCUAAAAGCUUUAAAGCAUCUAAAAUGUCUACCAAGAAGCUCUCACUAGAUAUACCGUACUUUUCUGUAUAUAAGACUAGGUUUUUUUACUCUAAAAUAAUGUUAAAAACGGGGGUCGUCUUCCCCCAUUUUCAUCAAUUUGAGUCCCCCAAAAUAGGGGUUGUGUUAUACAUGGGGGGGGGGGGUUAUACACAGAAAAAUACGGUAUUUUAUUUGCAUACCUAUUCUAAUACAUAUUCCAAUUUCUUUUCUCUCUCUCCUCCAAUCAUUCCAGAAAACAGUUCCAGAAGCUCUCCAGAGAGAAACUGAGUUCUUGCUUCUCCUAGAAGAACUAGAAAACGAUGUCUCACAUGCUGUUCUAAAGGUGUGAUUGCUUCUUGAGGGUGAACUUGGUUCAACAGGUGUUACAUUUAAUGUUGCUCUUAUGUGUGCAAAGCUCGUGUAUGAACAGCGAAUUCAGCUGAGCAGUACAGCCCUGAGAUAAUUCCAACUCCUGGAAUUCAUAUGAAAUGUGGGGUGAUCCAGCAGUUAGCUGGCUGUGAUUCAGAUGAGCAGUCACCACUUCAGUUGUUGGUCCGAAUCCAUGCCUAUUUAAGUGAACUUUGUGUGGCUUGUUAAAAAAAUAUAACCUAUGUUACCUAGUUUUCUUGAGUGUUUUGAUUGCCAUCUCUAUGGAUGUUUGCCAGCGAGGCUUCCCCCUUAUGCUUAAGUUUAUUGCCAGUCAGCUCCAGCCUUCUGAAGAUGACUGAUUAUUGGGAAUGUCAUUGAUCCCUUCAAGGGGAACAGUCAUACUUUGGAUGCAUUAAUUUGGGGAAGGACCAAGCUGAGUGGGAGAGCACAUGCUUUUCAUGCAAAAGGCCCCAGGUUCAAAUGCCGGCAGCUCUAGGAAAGGUUGGGAAAGAAUCCUGCUUGAAACUCUGGAGUCUGUGUGGGUUGUACCAAGCUUGAUGGACCAGUGGUCUGACUUGGUAUAAAAUAUAUUCCUAUGUUACGAUUUUAUCUUAUCGCUUUGUCACCUCUCUUGGGAAGGUUGAUGGACGGUUGUUUGUUUUUAACCUAAUAUGUCGGAUUCUGGACCUCCCAACGUAACUCAUAAACAACAGUUGGGGAACUGCCUGCCUUUGUGUAGUAAAAUUGUUAGGCCCACUUCAAUUCCGGAAAAGUUGUUCAGUUUUAAGGUCCAUAAUGAAGUAUUGUUCAGACUGCUAGUGGAUCUGCAUAGCUCUGUCUUCUAGUCUCAAAGGUCUAGGUAAUAGGAAAAGUUCUGAGUCUUAGUGUCAAACUCUUAGGCUUCUCAGUUUUUUUCUGUAAGUGCUUUGCUUUCGGUUCUGGACUGGAUAUUGCCAACCUGAGAUCAAAUACCAAAUGGUUCAACUGAUUUAAUUUUUUUCAGGAACACUGUUUAUGAGUUCUACUUGUUUUAAGAGGUCACCAGUUUAUUUUUGAUAUUAUUGCAUCCUAUAUUACCACAUCAUUCUACUUGUGUAAAAAACUUCAUUAAAGAAAAUGAAUGUUUGUGGAAGAGAAAGGUGCUCUAGGAUCAUGUGUCAUGAUUAACAAAAUGCAGUCAGAAACUCAUGUGACUCAGACAUCUGUAACCAGCUACAUAAUGGCUGUGGUGAGAAACCCCUUAAAUAGGACUGAAAGAAGAAGAGAAAACCAUGUGGCUUUCUGUACAAGAUGCAGCUGGUUUAGCUUCCCUUUGAAAAUGUAACUAGCUUUUGAUAAGGCUUUCUGAAACCUUUACUUCAUGAUUUAAAGCUGAUAACUACUGCUUUGAUUUUAAAGUGCUCCCUGGCCUACUCUUUAGGUGUAGAAUAAAUUUACAAGAGAGGCUAGAUAAAGGUAAAGGGACCCCUGACCAUUAGGUCCAGUCGUGGCCGACUCUGGGGUUGUGGUGCUCAUCUCGCUUUAUUGGCCGAGGGAGCCGGCGUACAGCUUCUGGGUCAUGUGGCCAGCAUGACUAAGCCGCUUCUGGCGAACCAGAGCAGCGCACGGAAACGCCAUUUACCUUCCCGCCGGAGCGGUACCUAUUUAUCUACUUGCACUUUGACGUGCUUUCAAACUGCUAGGUUGGCAGGAGCAGGGACCGAGCAACCAGAGCUCACCCCGUCGCGGGGAUUCGAACCGCCGACCUUCUGAUCGGCAAGUCCUAGGCUCUGUGGUUUAACCCACAGCACCACCCACGUCCCACAAGAGAGGCUAGCACAUGUGAAAAUAUUUUGAUAAUGAAAUGCUUGGUGCUCAUUCUGCCCUUUACUUGUUUAACAGUCAUGUUCAUAAGUUUUCUUGCAAAGAAGCUAUUUCCUGGCAAAAAUGAAGGAAAUCUAACCAGAGUGUGACAAGUGGGAUAGAGUGUCUCUGAUUGGGAGUUAUAAUAACCUGAUAAUUCACCUUUAUCAGCAGGAGCAGCAUGGGGAGAAAGGGAGUUUCUCCACUGCAGGGGUGGGGAACAUUUGGCCCUCUAAUUGCUGGACAGCAUCACCAUCCGAUCAUUUAUUUCUCCUCUUGUUUCUGUCAAUUUUGCAUCUUCUUACUGAUUUCUUUUCAAUAGCUAUGAGCAUUAAUAGUGUUUGUAGUUUUUGUUCUUUGGCCUAGAUAGCAGACAAUGGCCCAGUUCACACAGGAGAAUUAAAAAGAUCCUCGCUGUGGCCCGACAUCUCUGCUUCGCUGUAGCAGCUAUUGGUUCUACAGUCAUCUAGUGAACCUAAUUCCAGUCUUUUCUCUGUUUUUUCACCAUCAGCUCAUUCAUUCUCUGCCACUUAGCGGAUACUUCUUAUAGCACCAGAGAGGAGCAAGGAAGUCUCAGGGACCCAACAACAUCAUUUCUCCUCUGGUGCUACAUGAAGAAUCCUUGUAGCUGCAGUAAGCAGAUAGAGUUGGAAUGGGACUGUCCAGCUGCAGAUGUUUAACUAUGUUUGAGGCUCUCUUAGACCCCCAGUGUAAACUGGGCCAAUACUGUUGACAGCUGCUCCAUAUUUUAUAUAUCUGCUUACCUCUUUACGUCUCUCAGUUGUAUUUGUGGAAAGAAUCUUCUGUUAAUCCAGCUAUUUCCCCAGGAACUAUAUGAAGCUUUUGGAAACAGGCAUGGGCCAAAUAGGAAGCCGAGAGAUGGAGCCGUGCAGCUGUUCAGUGCCGAGGUGUUCUCUGCUCUCCGAAAGAUGCUGUUGCAGGCUCCUCGGAAGCUGCAAGCCAUCUUGGAGCUUCUCCAGAGAGAUUCUGCCGAGCAGAGCUCUUCGCUCUCACACAGCGGCUCUCCACAACACAUCUUCGUUGACUUUCUCUGGGAGUCCCUAAAAUAUUUGAAGCGCCUCCAGCUAAAUCCAGAGUUGUCAGAAUCUGGUGGGAGCGAGGCCGUGGAUGAAAUUUAUCGUGCCCUUGGCAUGUUGAAUUUGGAGGUGGAGAAUCAGACUGGAGAGCUACGGCUUCUCUGCCGAGAACUUCUGGAUGCCUGUUGGGCUGAGCGGAGCCCGCUGAAAGAAGAGAGGCUGCUUGGCUGUCUGCUCAGGAAAGACAGCCAUGCCUUGCUCAAUCUGUUCAGCAGUGUAUUCAUUGAGAAGAUGAGAGAGAAGCUGCUGGGACUAAAGUCACCUGGCAAAGGUUUGUUUAAAUUUGCAUGUUCUCUUUGCUGUGCAAUGAUAACUGUUGGCUUAGUUUAACCAGGAGAUAAUUGGUGACUGUAGCUAAAAUGUAUAGAGAGCCUGCCCAUCUUGGUGCUAUUCUGUGUCUUAACUAUAUGUGAAAUUAACCCAACUUAUGGGUGUUUCAGGUACAUCUGAACAGCUGGAUGUAGAGCGGGCAGUGAUGGCAUUGUUCUUGGAUUGUGAACACGCUCCUUCUUGGAAAGCUGCCUAUUUCUACUGCCUGAGCAGCAACAAGCACUUUUUGGAACAAAUUCUGGUAAAUCACUUAUGAGACAUUCACAUAGGAGUUGAGUAAUGGAUCAUGUGGCUGCCAUUGUUUCUGAGUUAGGCAAAGAACUUUGUGAACUCACUACCAGCUUUAUUAUCAAGAUCUUUGGCAAAUGUGCUGCAGUUUUAGUGCCUUAAUAGUUAAGUCAGUGAACUGCAAACUAGAACUCUAUGUGCUUCAUGUAGAUGCUUACUCUGAUUAAUGGUGUAACUUAGGUAUUUCUUUCUUGGAUUUGUUUAUUUUUGAAGGUGGGCUUACCUAUCUAAAUCAAGGGGCUUGCUACGGGUAGCACCCUUCAUAUGUUAUGAAAUGGUGCCUUUGAAAAGGUCUGAAACAAGAGUGUAAAUAGUGUAUAAAGGUGAAUGGGAUUUAAGUGAGUUGAAGCACUUAAUAUAGAUAUUAGCAUCUGCUUCUGUGGAGUCAGGCUGAACGUUCACUGUAAGUACUGUCCAACCCAAUUGACAAUAGCUAGCUCUCUGAGAUCUCAAUAAAGGGUCUUUGUACCCAAGAUGCUCUCGAUUGAACAUGGAACCUUAGCACAUACAAGGCAUGCAUUCUUCAUAGCCGUAGUCCCUUUGAAUUGGUCCAUGCCCAGUACAGGUUUUGGAUCAUUACGCUAGAAUGAUUUGUGUCUACAUAAAAUCCUGAAGGAGUCAUUUGGAACUAAGAGAGAGGGGUGGUAAUAGCAUAUGUUAUCCAUACAUUUUCCAGGGGCUACUUCCCUACAGGCCAGAGGAACAGAACAUGAAAAAUUUCUUAGAACUGUUUUUAACAUUUGCAAAUUUAACUUUGCAAUUUUAACUCUGCUUCCCACUCAGGCAUUCCACAGUCUUAAAACAAACAAGUGGUUCUUUUCUCUAGGGUACAGCAUUAACUUUAUUGAAAAGGGAAGACUUCUCCAGCCUCAACAGUUUACUGCAGCAAGAAUUCAGCCACCUCAGUCGCCUCCUGAUAUUGUUAGGGUGGACUCAGUGUCACAGUUUAGAGUCGGCAAAAAUGCUUCUGUGGACUCUUCACAAAUCUCAGGUACGUCAGGCCUUAUCAAGCCUGUGAGGGGAAGGCACAAUGUUUUUCCUUGCUUUGAUUCCAGUCAGUUUCUUAAGAAGAGGAAUUGGAGGGCUUUUUUGCUUUGGAUGGAUGCAAACCUAUUUCUUUUUAACAGGGUCUCCACAAUGACUCAGUAUUAAAAGACUUCUGUGAUGGACUUUGUGCCCAAGUGGAAGUUCUUGAAUGGUGUAUUCAACAGAAUAGGUAACAGCAUGGUGGUGGUGGGGAAACCUGUUGAGAAUUAUGCACAAUGGCUGGAGAAAGCAUAAAAUUCAUUUGAUAUACACAUGUUCUGCAAGGAUGGAUGUGCACAUCAUGGUUGAUGUCCAUGAGGCCUGGGGAAUGUGUGCAAUGGCCACUUGCUACACACAUUAAGCACUCAACUUACAUUCCCCUUAACAGGUAUAUAAAAGACUUCAUGCAGACAAAUCUGAAUCAGAGUGUUGUGAAGCCUUCUCUUGAAAAAAUGUGCACUUACAAGCUAAUCUUGCUGCCAUUGAAACUAGGCUUCUUUUCUCUUGCAGUAAUAUUAUCCCAGAGAAGGUUCUUCUGCAGCACUUGCACAGUUUGGAGUCCCACACAUCCCUUUACUUUCUGCACCAUCUUACUAAUCUUGUGGCCCUGAACGAAGAAGCUGUCAUUGAACUUCUUCAGGCAAUUCCAGCCAGGGACACUGAAGAAGCUCCUGGUAAAUUGGGGGGGGGGGGAGAGAGAGAGAUGGCUGUAGAUAUAACCAAGUGUCCAUCUAACCUGUUUGUUGGAUACACUAUUGUUUAUCAUGGUAAGGAGGGCUUUGCUAGCAUUUUCUUUUGAGUUUCUAAGAAUCUUGGCUUAGUGUUGCCUACGAACCAGAGACUGUGGUUUGAAAGAAAACUAUGGUCAGUUAAAGAAGCCAGCUUCAUAGCACAUAGUUUGAUGUUGGCUUGUUUAGAAACUAACCAGAGAUUGGUUCCUACAGAAUGCUAGGCCAUGAUUCUUUGAAACUGAAAGCAAAUCAUGAACUGGUGUGCGUGGUUUUUUAGGUGACAUUAAUAGCCAUUGUAUAUGGGGAUGAGACAGAUGGGGACUGUGGCACGCGGGGAGGUGAACUGCAAGCCUUUGUUCCUGCUGUGGUCCUAAUUGGAACCAUGUGUGUGUGUUUACUGUUUCGGGGGGGGGGUCUCCCACUGGUACAAUUCAAAGCUCUCUUCUCAUUGUGAAAUGAAGGUAUAGACAGAGACAAUUUCUGUUGGGGCUGCAAUGAGGAUAAAAGGUUAAAGCCCACAUCCACUCACAAUACAGCCCCAACCUGUUUCUCUAUUUUUACUUCUCUUCCACACACACACACACACACACACAACCCCAUGUGCUACACCAGUUGUUGGUCUGCAGCUUCUCUAACCUUGUUUGGGAUUGGGUGGGAGCACUGAUUCCAGGCUCUGGAAACAAUGGAAAUGUUAAUAACUUCCCUACAGCUGAGCAAACUCAACUUUCCAUUUCCCAUUUCCCACUUUCUCUUUCUUUUUUUAGAUUCAACGGUGAUGGCAGCUUCCAGUCAUUUGAGCCUGCGUCGCAAUCUCAUUCUUUUCCAGGCAUUUUGUGCCAUGAAAUAUGCCAUAUACGCCCUCUGUGUCAAUGCACACAAAGAUUCACACUGCAAAGACUGCAGGAACUUUUUUGUCAAUGGCCUCCCUGAGGAGAUUCCUGGCGAAUGCAAAUCUGCAGAUCAGCCCCUUUGCCCAGGUCUGGUAGCUUCUACAUACCUUGUAACAAAAGUCAUUGUUGCUUUUUAUUUGGUGUUCAUCUACUUCUUUCUGCAGAACAAGAAACACCUGAAUAGUUUUCUUCCCCAGAACUGUAAUGCUGGUGCAGCAAGAGAGGUUGCAAUCUGCUGUGCCAUGAUCGGUUGGGAUGGUGUGCUUUUGUUCCUUUGCCCCAUCAAUUUCUUUGGCAGUGAUCUCUCCACUAGCCCAGACUUCAUAGAGGAAAGGUGGGAUUUAUGGAAGGAGAUGAUCACCAAGUAAGGAUUUAUGGGUAAAGGUGUGGAAAGGAGUCCAUAGGAUCAGUAAGUGAUUUCUAGAGGUGUAGGGCAGUGAUGGCCAAACUUGGCCCUCCAGCUGUUUUGGGACUACAAUUCCCAUCAUCCCUGACCAUUUAGCUAGGGGUGAUGGGAGUUGUAGUCCCAAAGCAGCUGGAGGGCCAAGUUUGGCCAUCGCUGGUGUAGGGUGAGCCAAAGUAGCAAGGCAUUUCCCCAGAGGUUUAGCUCUUUGGGUACCACACUCUGGCCCACUAAGCUGUAAGCCUUUAUGGAGGGGCAGGUGCCACAUGCACUUCUCUUUCUUCCACCCUCCCUAAAGCCAUUCAUUGCUGCUACAAGGAGACUUUAUGAGUGCACAAACUGGAAUAGGUGGACCAUAACGUAUAGGGAAGUAUUACAGCAUAUUUCCCCCUUUUUUUUUAAAUCCCUUUACAGUUACAUAAAAAUUCUUUUCAAGCUGAGGGAAAGUUUACAUUGGCAAUUGCAAUCAUAUGUGGAAGGUUUGGGUAUACCCAUGGGCUGAUUUGUGGAGGCCUUGUGCUGAGAAUUCACCCUUACUGUAGGAGCAAUAGGCCUUUUUUAUUUUUACAAGUGUGUAAAAUAGCACAAUAGCUGUUGCACAAGGUCAAAAUGUUAACUGUUUUCCUGAUAAGCUGUGAAUUGAAUUAUUUAAUAUAGGCUCACAGUUAAGGAUAGCAUUUGGGUUUUAUUUAUAGAUUGAGUUAGACAUGAAUCCGUAGACUCCUUCUCUUUGACUCCCUUGUCCUAGUGCUGCUAGUCUAAUUCUGUACCCUGCUUCUAUUAUCUGGAUGAGAUGGGCUAAUGUGUCAGGGCAAGAGCUGUAGCUUAGUGGUAAAGCACAUGACUUGCAUGCAGAAGGUACCGGGUUCAAUCCCCCGAGUCUCUAGGGCUGGAAAGGACCCUCUCCCUGAAAACCCUGGAGAGCUGCUGCCAGUCACUGACUUAGACGCAUCAACUCUCUGACUUGGUGUAAGGCACAGCCUGCAUUCUGUUUUUGGAAAUGGCAAGUGCUGCCUAAGUGAUGUUGAAUGUCCAACUAAAUGCUACCUUCUUUAUUCUGUGGCUGCAUCAAAACCUUCAGGAGAGUUUUUAAGCUGGGGGCAUUUAAGACAGGUGGCUGGGAUAUGAAUGUUGCCUAAUUUUCAGGCACAUUUAUAUUUCUGCAUAUUCAGCAGGCAAACAUUAAAGUUAGAGGCUUUUCCCCCUCUUGAGUUUUGUUUUUGUAAACAAUAUAAAGGUUUAUCGUACAUAUUUAUACUGGAUAUUGGCAUGCCCUAAGAGGUUUGUUAUGUAAAGAGGUUUUUAUAUAUUCUGCACCAUCUGUGUGUCUAUGUUGCUUUGCAAAGGACAGAUAUGAUAGGUCACUACCCCAAAGAACUUACAAGGGGGUACGUGUAGGGGUUUCCUAGGGAAGUCAUAAAAUGUGAUGGGGGAGAAGGUAGAAAGGGUAGAAGAAAGCGCUGGAGGAGGAAGAAGUGGAAGAACACAGGGCUAGAGAGGUCAGGGUGCAUGACUCCCAUAGUUCCAUAGUUACCUUUAUCUUGAGCGUCUAGUCCUUGAAUGAGGAGAGCAGGGGAAAUAGUAAAUCUGUUUCUAAUGUUUUGUUUUCCCAAAUGCAGAUUAUGCAGGUCUCUUUGCUCAGUAUCUUGCCAAGUGCCAGCAGUUUUUAAGGACUGUCCCUGUUCCUCUGCGCCUGGAACUCCUGGAGAACAUCUUCUCCUUGCUCUUUGUCUCCUACAGCGACCUCUGCAGUGAUGAUCCCCACGAGGAGGGCAACACAGAAGAGUCUGUCCUCGAGAAAAAGAACUGUGCUGUCAGGAGGCUUGAGCGUUGUGCUAGCCAAGGCUCUUCCACCUCGGCAAGUCCACAGCACUCGGCAGAGCCCGGAAGGAGACCUGAGACAUGCACUGCCUACGGUAUAUCUCACGAGCAUCUCAGCAUCCCAAAGCUGCAAGAUUUGCAGUCAGAUAGUAACAAACGUGAGUCCUUCAGCUGGAGCCAUCUGGAUUUGAAGCAUUUCGUCCGUGACACCUCUGGGUUUUUAGCGGAUGAUGUAGCAAUGGAGAUCAUUCUCAACAUGCUCCAGGACCAUCUGAAAGAAAUGGAGGGCUCUUCCCCCUGGGACUCGAAGCAUGUGGCUCAGGAAGAGCUUGCACUGCUGGACUGCUUGAAUGUGUCUGUUAACAGAGAUGGCUUUGGUUGUCGUGUGCAGCUGCUCUCCAAGUACCUCUCUGAAGCUCAGUGGCGGCACAAAAUAGUGCUCAGCAACAGAAAUGCAGGUAAGGGGUUCCAAGUGGUUUACUACUUCAGUGGCGCUUUGAAAUGGAAAAGCAAGCAGCAAGAAUCUUCAUACCGUCAAGGAGCCAGGGAAGAAAUAGAGCACAUGUUCAUGGCUUCAUGGGUCAGAUCCUUAUUAGGAUGUGCCUUGAGAGGGGUGGGUGGGGCCAGUUUGACAGGUGGGCAGGGCCAGCAUCUCACAGGCAGCAAGAUGCCUAUAAUGAAGGUCCCUGCCUUUGUUAUAGCAGCUGUUUCAAAAGGCAGCACUUGCAACGCCUCUUUUGGCUAAGCCCUUACCCACACCUGACUUAAUGUAUGACUCUGGGGCUAGGACAGGUGGAUGUGGUUUGCCCAAAAUGGUUUCACCGGCCGAAGUCAAAUGUAACCAUCAUUAUUUUUGAUGGUUGUCCCUAAUUCUAGGCAGCUUACUGUGAGACUGUGCUAGAAGGUACUUCUCUGCUGUCAGUAAGCCCAUUCCAGUGUUUCCGAGUGCUCUUUUUAGCUUAUCUGCCACAAAUUCUCACCGUUCAGGUCCCUUCGUAAAUUCCCUGAGCUCUGCAAAACGUAGCUCUUAUUGCCCAUCCAGAAGUAAAAUGUGUCAGUUUACACGGGGUUGUCAAUCUGGUCCCUACCGCCCACUAGUGGGUGUUUCAGGAUUGUAGGUGGGCGGUAGGGGUUCUACAGCACAAGCUGAAUCCUCCUUCCAUCAAGCACUGGUGGGCGGUAAGGAAAUAUUACCAUCAAGAAAGAUGCAUUAGUGAGAGGUAGGUAUAAAAAGGUUGACUACCCCUGGUUUACACAAUAGCUUCAAUGUUGUGGCUAGAACUUAAAACUCCAUCAUUUGAUGGUUUUAUACUUGAAGGAGAACUUGGGUUUUAUUCAGUGUGUUAAGCUCGGAACAUGUGAGAUUGCAGCUUCUACCUUCUACUUGCAUGGUUACUUUAUGCUGUCAUUGUUUGCGUUGAAUGUGUGCUGUGACUGAAAUAAAUAAUGGAGUCCCAACGCAGUAGCUGACUGUUUCUCUUCUAGGAGGUCAACGUGUUCCCAGUAAAACAUGUGGAAACUUAACCAGGGGGUCCAGCUCAAAGAGGAGGCACAGCCUGUCUCAAAGGCCAAAGCCAGGUGAGGUGAAGAAAACCAGCUCCCCUCUUUCAGAACUGCAUGUCUGUGAUUGUGGGGAUUUGUGGGGCUGUGACCUGAUGGGAAGUUCUGCUUCUGCACAUGAGUCUGGCAAACCGCUCUAAGCUGAAGCAUUCCUUCCUCAUCCACCCUAGAAUGUUUAGUUCACAUUGAGUUCUUGAAACAUCGUACCCUGACCUGUUCUUAAUGCAUGGUUGACCACAUCUACAGAAUGCGAUAGUUAUGUUCUUUUAAGUUUUGCAAUAUCAAUCACUAGUAAUAGUUUAAUAAGGAGGUUUUCAUACCUGUCCAACCAUGUGUUCCCUUUCCCAACCUUUAAUCUAUUGAUGAUUAAUGCCUAUAUGCAACCCUUGCAUUGUAUUUGUGUUAACCAAUCAGCAACAAGCACAUAUGUGGCAAUGCUGUAAUAUUCAAUAAAAGGGACUCCCCGAGACAUGCUCGGCAGAUGCCUCCCAUAUGACACUUGUCAUUCGUCUGUCGUUUAUUUCAACCCAACAGUGACCCAUCCUGGUCUACAACUAGAGCCCUGAAUAAGUUACCAGUAUUAUAAAAAACCAGACUGAUUUUUCUUUUGUUGAAAAAAGAAAAAGCAGUCUGUUUUAUAUAUAUGUAUAAUGAUAUAAAAGAAAAAUCCAUUAUUUAUUGCAAUGUUUAUGUGAAUUUUAUGGAAAUUUAAUGAAAUAUAUCUAGAUCUAGAUCUAGAUCUAGAUCUAGAUCUAGAUCUAUAUCUAUAUCUAUAUCUAUAUCUAUAUCUAUAUCUAUAUCUAUAUCUAUCAGACUGUAUAACUUUCAGUGCUCACGUUAGACUUGGGGCCAAAGAAAAAGUAUCGAUAUGUUGUAAGUGCUAGUCAGUGUCCUCUAUGUGAGAGAGAAGCCCCUCUGAGGUUCUCUCCCCAAGGCUUGAUAAGCUAUUCUUUUAACAAUGAUGAAUAGCCAAACAAGCAUAUCAAUGUUACUGGCUUCUCUCUUUCCAUCAUUCCCAUGGAACCUGGAAUAAAAUCUUCUCAAUUGCUUUGUGUGGCCAAAGUGUAUUUCACAAACUGCUUGUUUUCUUCUUCAGGUCAGAAGAAGGGAACCUCAGGCCCAUCACUGGCAAGCACAAGCAGUGAGUUAAGUCUCACCAGCACAUCAGGUACAGGGCAUCUUCCUUGGUCGCACUGCCAUGCUUCGCUUGCCGUGAAAUGCCUUCUCCAUGAUGGCAUGACUACUGCCUGCUCAUAUGUCUUUCAAGAGUUAGGAGAAGAGGGUGGCAACGCAAGAAUGGGCCUUUUCUGCAGUGGUUCCCCAUUUGUGGAAUGCUCUCCUCAGGGAGGCUCACCUGGCACCUUCACUGCAUAUCUUUAGGUGCUAGGCAAAAACUGUUUCUCUAUAACCAAGCCUUUGGCUGAUUAAACAAUGCAUGGCCUAUUCAUUUGUGUUUGAAGGAGGGGAUUAAUAUUCUUUGUUGUUGUUAUAUGCAUUUUGUGUUUUCACCUUUGUGUUGUAAACCACCCUAUCACCCUCAAAAGAAGCACAGUAUAUUAAUAAUAAUAGAAGAUAUUCUUUCUUUUCUCUUCUGAAAUUCUGCUGAAGUGUUAAUUUUUAUUCUGUUGCAGAGAUAUAAUUUUUAAGGGUUUUAUUAUUAAUUUCUUUAUCAACUGUUGGCCACCCUGGUUAAAAAUGCUGAAGGGCAGCACAUACAUUAACAUUUUAAACUUAAUUAACUAAUUAAAAACCUCUUGAAUGUUCUGCAAUUACCCAAAAACAGCAGGAGUUGGCACUGAUUGCUUACUUUGUGUACAUCUUCCCCAGUUCAGAAUCAAUAGUGAUUACCUGAUAACUGUUACAUCUCCCUCCCUCCACCUUCCCUCCAUUUUUAGAUGGAAGUGAGAGUUCACUAACUGGCUGCAGUGAUGUAGAAUACAGGAUAAAGCCUCAACAGAACUCCCUCAUCCCAAUGAUGCUUUCUCAACCUGAAUCUCUUCUUGUUGCCUGUAUCUUGAGGGGUAACUACGUAGAAGCUCAUCAGGUAACUCAAUAGCCACUGUGUGGUGUUUGUUUUGAAAGUAGCUGGUUUCUCCUGGAUGUUAUCAUGCAUCCAUUAUAGAAUCAUAGAAUCAUAGAAUCAUAGAGUUGGAAGAGACCACAAGGGCCAUCGAGUCCAACCCCCUGUCCAGAGGGGUAUGUCCAGAGCAGCCAUAUAUUAUAUGUCCAGAGCAGCCAUGGGAUUAAUCUCCCAUGGUUUCUAGCUAUUCUGUGCCCAUUCUGCAUACUGACCCUGCAUCUACAGUCUUGAUGUGGCAAAUGGCCCUCUCCCAUCUGUCCGCUUCCUCCCCUGCCAGAUCUAGUAGGGAUUUUUUUUUUAAUGUUCAGGAAAUUGAUUGUUUUAAGUCUAGACUUCUUCCAGAAAAGAUAUUAUGGGCUUACUAAUCCUUCUAUAUCUAAGAUAUGAUUGCAAGUUAAUAAUUUCUUCACUUUUUUUAAAAAAAGAUUUUGUUUACAUAAUAAAGGAAAUUCAGUUUGGGACGGGAGAAGCAGGAGACACACAAAUAUUGGAAAUGUGUUGUUCACCCACAGCCUGUCAGGGGUAGAAAACCUGGUAGCAGUAGCUUUAUUUGCCUCACUGAUCUUUCUAGAAAAAUCUAUGGAUCUAUGCUGUGUUUUGAUAGGAACUUCAGAAAAACGAAAGAAGAGCUUGCCAGUGGAGGAGAAUUAAUCAUCCCCCCCCAAGUGAACAUCUGGAACAUUGAUUAAAAAAUACUUCUCCCGCCUAAUAUAUACGUAUGUCGUUUCUCUCAAUUCCACAAUGACAGGUGGCGAUUAUGUUUAGUUUGGAGGCGUCUUCUUCCUAUGGUGAGCUGAUAUUCUUGGAGCGUUACCAAGAAGUGAUCAAGGAGUUGGCAAAAGUGGAACACAAGAUUGAGCACCAGUCAUCUGAGGGAUCUGGAAACCUCAAACAGUCUGGAAGUGGCCGUUCAACACUGCAGGCCAUUGGAAGUGCUGCAGCAGCAGGUGCAGACUUGGCUGUUGGCUUUAAAAUUUGGGAAAUGGGUGGGGGAUAUAGACAGACAGACAGACAGACAGACAGACACACACACACACACACACACACACCGCACGGGUAUGACUUUCAAGGGAAUUAAACUGUAGCUUACUAUAUAAUCUGCUUUGUGUCCCACCAAACUAAAUACAGGCUAUAUACAACGUAGGCUUAAAAACAAACAAACCCCAACCCCUAUCUAUUUUUCUGCCUGCUGGGACUGCAAACAUAGAGUGGGUGCAAGCAAGCCCCUGAUGGGCUGCAGUCCAAAGCUGGCAGUCUGGAUUUGGCUUGAUGGGAUGAAAGCUGUGCAGGCCUGCUGGAAAUUCAGUGUCUCUCCCCGCCCCCACCGCCCCUGAAGGGUGUCUAAAAAAGAAGAUUGUCACAGAUGUUCUCUAAAACUAAUGCUGCAAGGGGAGUAGCUCAGCAAGAAAUUACUUUCCUUACGUUUGCGUCAGGCACUCUUGGUUGCAGCACAUUUUGUCAAUUGUCUUCUGUCCCUCACUUUUUCCUGAUCACAGUAAAAUAAAGAGAGUGCUAUAAAAGCAUCACACAGCAGUUCAGAAAUGAAAAUGUUUUGCAGUAUAAAUAAAAAAUGUUCCGUUUUGUUAAUCAUAGUAAUAGAGAGAGUAAGUGGACACACGGACACACACACACACGGGAGAAGUGAGGACAUGCUUACAUAAGAGCGAUGAGGGACAAAUGAAAACAUGCAAGUAAGGAAUCCAUGUUGGUAUUGGAUACAGUGAGGGAAUAAGCAGCCUCUGUUCUCUGCUCUGUCAUCUAAAGCCAUACUAAGCAUGAAAGGGAGCUGUGCACUCCCAGUUUUGGACAAAAAUGAGAGAACCUAGGGAGGGGUCUGAUAUAUUCAGGACUAAAAUCCCAUGUUGCCUGUUAACUGUGGCCUCAAGUCAUUAAUGAAGCUUACUCUCUUGGUUUCCCAAGGUAUGGUGUUCUACUCGAUUUCGGAUGUUACCAACAAGCUCCUUGCCCCUUCAGAAGGCCUUGUCCCUAUGCUCCAAGAGAGCUUCUGGGCCAACAGUCUCCAGCUAGAGCAUACAGAUCCUCUGAAAAAUGUUGUGGAGGGCCUCUGCCCCUCCGCUAUGGCUCUCUUUGACUUGGCGUCUACUCAGUGCCACUUAUGGAAAACCUGCAAGCAGCUCUUGGAGACGGCAGAUAGGAAGUUGCAUAACAGCCUUGAAACUAAGGGUAAGCUUCUCUCCUCUGUUUAGGCGCUUUGACCUUGAAAAACAAAAUGUUUAGCACUAAAAGUAACUACAACAACUAUGGCCACCAUAGACCUUGUAUGUAAUCAUGUCAGCAUAAUUAGUUUCUCUCUCUCCUGUGUUUUCUUUCUUUGCCUUCUGCAUCUGAUACCAGGCCGAAGACUUGAUUCUGUUCUCCAGGGCUUUCUUGGCAUGAGGGGUUUCCCAGCAGUUCUUCAACAAAUAAGUAAAAUUAUCAACACAUCACAAGGGCAGCCUAAAUCAGGUAACUGAUUUAAACAUCAUUCAUUCGCUUACACCAUGAGGACUGAUUCUUGAGAGUCACCCCUGGUCUAUAGAUCUCCCUCCUGAGGUCAGCUCAUCUGGCUUCCUCUCUGUUGGACAUUGGCUGAAGGAUGAAGAUUUAGGGUUGCAUCCUGUGGCGUUGCUCAGCUGACAGUAAGGCUUCCAUCAGUGGAAAAGGGAGAGAAGCAUUUUUUGUGAAUCCCUCUUCUCUUUGCAGCCCCCUCUCACACCUUACACCAGCUCAUUCAGAGUAAGUUUAGGUGUGGGGCAUCUUGAGGCUGGAUGGCAAGGGGGAAUAACUGAAAACCACUCCUUUCUCCAUUCUUCUGAUGGCAGCUUUACUCUUUUGGAAAGGCUUUCAGCCUUUGACCAUCUGUUUUGCUGCACCUUUGUUCACUGACUUCAUUUGACUGUUUGCUCUGUGAAUUUAAUGUUUGCAUUUCCUGCUGCUGGUUUUAAACAUUUUUUAAAAACAGGUAUUUUAUGUGGCUUUUAUAUUUUUGCUUGCUUGCGUGAUUGUGUGUGCUUGUUGUUUGCCACCAUGAACCAUUAGGAAAGGUGGAUAUAAAUGUAUUUAAUUAACCUGAGCAAGAAGAUAGGGACGGAUGCAGACCUACAUUCUAUUAAGCUGGCUAUAAGGUUUUUCUUGGGCUUGUGUCUGCAUUAAAGUAUUGCUUUAGGUAUAUUAUCACAGACUCUUGGCCAUGCUAGAUAUGCUUUGUAUUGUCACUGUGGGUCCCUUAGGAAUCCUAUGUUGCAGUGAUUUCUGAGGGUAGCAUAAGAUAUCUGCUGAUUUCAACAGAAUCCCAAGGAAGGCUUGCUUGCUUUCCUCUAAAUAGCAAGCUCUCAGCUAUAGUUUUUAUUCAAGGCUGUACAGGAGAGAGUGGACAUAAAAUGUCUUUUUGUUGUUGUUAAUUGCUUGAAGUUGUUUCAAGUGUCAAUAUUCCAUACACCUUGUGUAGGAUAAAAUAGGAAUCAGCAGCUAAAGGCCCAAGGCCAGAUCAGUUACUUGAAAAGCAUCAUUUGAGUCUCUGGCUGUUAGUUGAGGGAUGUGAACAGGAUGACUGUGUUAAAGGACUUGUUGGCUGUACACUUUGAAUAUAUAUAUUGGCAUGGGGGAGCAGUUUUACCACUGCCCAUACUUUAUUCAGAAGGACUCUCCUUAUUAGAUUACGGCAAUGAACUGUAUAUUGAAUCUUCGUUCUGUUGUGAGUGUAGUUUCAGCAGUUGUUGUUCACUGCCCAACUGGUGGGCACCCAAGCAGGAAAAACCCUCACAAAUAUUGGUGCACAUCAAGUGUGGGGAACAUUUGACUCUCCAGAUGUUGCUGAACUACUGCUACCAUCAUUUCUGACUGUUGGCCAUGCUUGCUAGGGCUAAUGGGGCUGAUGGGAGCAAUGUCUAGAGGGCCCCAGGUUCCCCACACCUGGUGUUCAUGGAAGCUGAGUUCCAGAUAGCAAAAUUGAAUAUGUGAAUCGGCCCUUGGAAACCAGAGAGAAUCUAAGUUGGGAGUUUUAGUGAUCCUGAGCUGAUGCUUCAGAGAGCUGCUGUCAAUCAUUCAAUGGUACUGGGCUAGAUGGAGCAAUGGUCUUAUUCAAUGCAAGACAUCUGUCUGCAUGAUGCAUUGACUCAGCUCAACAGUGAGCCUCAGUUAUGCCACUUAGGCCCCUUCAUGUGUCCUUCACAUAUCUAUUCCAUAUUUGAAACAACAUUCAGGUUUGGUAUUAAUUGACUCUUGCGUCUUGUUUCCCAACAGAAAUCUCCGAUGAGAAAAUAAGCAAUCACUUCCACUGCAGCAUUGCUGACCUCAUGCAGACUUGUUACCCUGUCCUGACCGAGAACUGUAUUACCAGCCAGAUUGUUUUAUCACAAGACUUUGACCAAAUCAUUCAAAGACUGGCACGUGUAGAAGAGUCUUCAGGUAAGUAUGUGCAUGAGUCUGUGUGUAUCUUAAUGGCUAUCUUAAAGUAAAUCACUCAAACUUUUUUCUUGAUUUGAACUACUGUACUGCAUAAGAUGAGUUUUUUUAUUUUAAAAUUAUGUGAAAAUGGGGGGUCGUCUUAUACAUAGCGGGGACCUGGCAUUGGUUGCUGCCGUGAGCUGGAGUUUGUCAGUGGCUAUUGGGCGGGUUAUUGGUGGCUGCUGCAAGGGCUGUUUUGUUGAUUGGCUUUCACUGCGGCAAUUGGGUGGGCGAUUGGUGGCUUCUACUGGUGAGGGGACAGACGAUAGGUGGCUUUUGCGACGUGUGCGAGUGGCAGCGUAGGUCAGGCAGGUGAGUGAGUUUUGGCAAUCCCCCCCAAAAAAGCUCAGCAACUCAAGGCAAUCUCCCCCCAUUUUCUUAAGUUGUAGUCCCCCAAAAUCGGGGGCGUCUUAUACACGGGGGCGUGUUAUACAUGAAAAAAUAGGGUAUGUGUUUCUCCAUAUUUAAAUUUUAAAUUUAACCCCCAAUUUUAGAUUACUUGGAAAAUUCUGAAAUAAUUCUUAUUCAACAUGAGUAUAUCUUUCUAGGAAAAUGUUAAAUAUUGGGUUUUUAAAAAUUUACCCUGAUCAAGUCAUAAAUACCUACCCCAUAAUCUGGUACAAAAUAAUGGAUAAAAGUGCUUCUGAAUUAUUCCCAUUUAACAUUCUUAGAUGUAAAAUUUCCUCAAGACUUCACCUGCUGGUGGAAGGAAUGUUUGUACCAAGACAGACUGUUUAUUUCUUAUUUGCGCAUUGCAUUUCUAUCCCAUAUUUUUUUUCUCCAAGGAGCUCAGGGUGGCAUUCACAGUUCAGCCCUCCUCAUUUAAUCCUCAGAAAACCCUGUGAGGUAGGUUAGGCUGAGAGGCAGUGACUGGCCCAAGGCCACCCAGUGAGCUUCAUGGCUGAGUGGGGAUUUAAACCCUAGUCUCCCAGGUCCUAGUUCAACACUCUCACCCUUAUGCCACACUGGCUCUCACUUGAAUGGAAAGGGUUAUGUGGGAUACGGAGAAAUAAAGAGUGAUUCUGUGUUCUGUGAGAGAGAGCAUUUCACCUCUAAUCUUUUUCUUUCUCUUUUGGUAUUAAUAGAUUCCAGAGGGAACCUGCUGGCCGCACUAGCAGAACAGGCUUCUUUGAAACCCGCGGAAUUGGAGGCACAUCCCAUUUCUAAUCAGUUCAGACUCUUGCUGAGAACCCUGGAGCAACAUGCUCAGACCCUAGAAGGGAGCCCUGUGCAAAACCUCUACGUGCAAACCUUCUUUGACUAUAUUAACAGGCUGGCUGCCGUUCUCCUCCGAAGCCUCACUCCAGAGCUAGGUGGGAGAUCUCUCACCAUUGAAACAAGCUAAUCCAAGUUUUAAUUCAAGAAAUAUCAAUAUGGGUGGGGGAACUAGCUUCUUAACCUCAAGUGAGUUUCAUGGCUGAGUGGGGAUUUAAACCCUAGUCUCCCAGGUCCUAGUGGGUAACUUUACCUGUGCCUGUGUCACUGAUUCUCUGCCUAUGACUGCCUUUUUCUAAGGUAACCUAUUUUGCAUUUGUGCAGCAGAAACGGGAGCAAUAAGAAGUUUGUUUCAAAAACAUGCAGCAUUGCUGCAUACCAAGAGCAGAUUUCAGGAGCAUAGCGCGGAAUCAAGUUGACAUGACACUUUUACAAUAUCCUUUCUCUAAUUCUAGAUCAAUCUACGGAGUUAAGAGUGGCAAACCCUUUCCUAUUACUUCAGCAGAGUCCUCCCCAUUUGCUGUCCCAGCUUUUGUUUGAGAGACAGGUUGCUCCUGACAGGUACUGACUUUCUUCAAACACGGGCGGAUGUAUUGUGUACGAUCAAUAGCAAACCUGGGUUUACCUUGUAUACCACUCACUCUCUUUAAUGCAGCGCUUAGUGUACUGCUAAAUUUAUUGUACUUUCUGUUCCUCAAUCGUGCAGGCUGUCUUUGCUGCUGGCCAAAGAAGAACUGAACCUAAAUGUGCAAGAAGUGAUCAUCAGCUGCUGCUGUAAGGCAUUGCCUCUGUGCUGUACCAGGCAAAGCAACCAGACCAGGAUCCUUUUGACCAACAUUAGUAGCCUGGCACACCUGCAUGCCUAUCACUGUCUGCCUGACGUGGAGGUGCCAGUCCACAAUCCCGCCAUGGACUCUGAGGACCUCUCUGCGCAUCCCUCUCCCACUCUGCCUGACCAGAACCAGCACAUGCUCACAGCUUCCACCCUCGCCUUCUUGAAAUCUCAGUCAAAACUGACAGCUGCCGUGGCAUGUCUUAGUGUGUUGAAGGCUCAGAAGACCCCCAAGCAGGGCCUGUUGUGGAUGGACUUUCGAGGCAAACGGGAAGUGCCCUUGUCUAUGGAGCACGUUGCCAAGGAAUGCGAAGCGCUGUUAAAGGAGUUUCCAUUUCUGGAGAGCUUUCUUCUUGCCAUGUGUGAGCCCCUUCAGGACCCUCAGGAUGAGGGAAAAGGCUUGGCUAGUGCACUGUGUGGCAAGCCUUAUGUGUCGCUGCUCUUCCUGGGGUUGCAUUCUGUUAUGGCUGUUGAGGUGUUGAUGGAGAACUUUGAGCAAGCUCUCAGCACAGGGGACUGGCCCAGAGCCCUCCAGAUCUUGAAUCUCUGCAGCCAGGACACGGAAGAGCUAAUCACCGUGCAGGAUGCCGUACUCAGCUGUGCUGCUGCUGAUGGUAAAGAAGGGAUUAUUUUUCUUGUAGAAGUGGCACUUUGGGCUGCAGACCAGGAACUGACGACUCAGUCGUCUAGUUUUGGAAGGAAAUGGAAAAUGUGUUGAGGCACUUUGGAUACAGUGACAAACCAUGGUUUUGCCACUCAGUCUGAGACUUGGGCCCAUGAUGUUUCCUCUAGGUCAGGGGUUCCCAAACUGUAGUCCAUGGACCAACUAUGGUAUACAUGCUACAUUCAGUGGUGUGCAGGCUUCUGUGUGUGGCAUUAAAUGCGUUAAAUAUGCAUAUUAUUUUUAUUGUUUUCGUAUAGCUUCUUUCAUUUUUUAAAUAUUUUAUUGCAUUAGGGGGGACGCGGGUGGCGCUGUGGGUAAAACCUCAGUGCCUAGGACUUGCCGAUCGUAUGGUCGGCGGUUCGAAUCCCCGCGGCGGGGUGAGCUCCCGUCGUUCGGUCCCAGCUCCUGCCUACCUAGCAGUUCGAAAGCACCCCUAAGUGCAAGUAGAUAAAUAGGUACCGCUUUAUAGCGGGAAGGUAAACGGCGUUUCCGUGCGCUGCGCUGGUGCUGGCUCGCCAGAGCAGCUUCGUCACGCUGGCCACGUGACCCGGAAGUGUCUUCGGACAGCACUGGCUCCCGGCCUCUUAAGCGAGAUGAGCACGCAACCCCAGAGUCGGUCAUGACUGGCCUGUACGGGCAGGGGUACCUUUACCUUUACCUUUAUUGCAUUAGGAAUUCUAUGGAAUGCAGAUUGCAAUACAAUAAAAUGCAAUAUCAGAAAUAAAAGUAAUAAAUGUAAUUACAGUAUAAAGCACCAUUCGCUACAGUUGCUGUGGCAGACAUAAAAAUCAUUAGGUGCUCCACCAAGACCAUCAGCAGUUUUUAAGUGGUCCAUGUGUGGAAAUGUUUGGAAACCAUUCCUCUGGUAGCCCUGGAGCUGGAAACAUCUGAUAAGUUGGCCUGCCUGAGAGUAGGGUGGAGGUAGAGUAGAAAUAGAAAAGCAGCAAUAGCCAUGUUAUUCCCCCAACUGUGGUUCUAUACAGAGGGGGAAGAGGCAGGCUGUAGCUCAGUGGGCAGAGCACAUGCUUUGCAUUCAGAAGGUCCCAGAUCCAGUGACCGGCAUCUCCAGAUCAGGCUGGGAAAGACUCCUGCCUGAAACCCUGGAGAGAGGGUCUGAUUCAGUAUAAGGCAGCUUUUGAUGUUCCUAAUGCCGUUGCUGCUACCCUACUUUGCGUCACCUUAAUGCUGUGCAGCUAAAGCAUACAGUACUCUAAAGCCAAGCUUCAGAUCUCUGGUGUAUUCUUCCUUUCCAGGUAAGGAUGGUUGGCAAUACCUGUUCCGAGUGAGAGAUGCCUUGCUGAGGAGCAGGUUGGCCCUGCGCUGUCUGGAUAACUGGCCCUUGGAAGCUUGUCUAGAAAUCUUGGCUUAUUGUGCCUGCGACCCUGAGGUGCCCGAAGAACUCAGAUCUGAGCUGCAGAGGAAAACGAGAGAGCUUCAGGUUUAUCAAAAAGUAAUAAAUCAUUUUAUUUGGGGGUAGAAUAUUUCUCCCAGAUUUUUUGGCGUCUUUCGGCUGCUGGGUUAUAUAAAGGCAAUGAUAGCUCUUUCUGGUCUUUUGGCAGCAGACCAUUUGUAAUUUAGAAUAAUUCCUGGUUCAGUUGUCUGCCUUAGUCCUUUUUAAAAGUAGAGAGAGAGAUUGCUGAAGGGGCUGUUCAGUUGUAUUUGUUUUAUUUUGUCAGAUUCUAAGUCUACAAGAUGUCACACUCUGGCAUGACUGGCAGGACCUGAAAAGAGCCUGCACUGAUGACCCCCAAACCGUUGUAGGAGUGAUUUUGGAGGCAAAGGUAGGCUAUUUUUUGUGUGUCUUUCCUCCCUUGGAAGCUUGAUCCUGCACAAUACGCAAUUUCCCCCAGAUUCUCCCCCAAACCCAGAGUCCCAUCUAGUCCCACAUCCUAUUUUCUCGCAAUGGCUAACUGGUGACUUCUGAGAAAUCCACAGUUGGGGUUUUAUUUCCUAGUCAAGCUGUAGAAAGGAACUGCACCUUUCACAUCCAUUGUUUCCUUGACUAGCAGAGGAACAACUUUCUACAAAUAAAUUGGUUGGUCUUCCAGAAAGCUCUUCUCAUCUAAGGUUUUCCGGAUUUCCAGUAUCAGAGUGAUGGCAAUACAAGAAAGAGCUGUUUGUCUUUAUCCUAGGAUCAUGAAUUAUGUGAAGAAUGGGGGAACUUGUAUCCUGUUCCAAGAGAUGAUUUGAUCAAUCUUCACCAAGAGCAUCUCCUUCAUUUGUUGGAAAUGGGAGACACAGAAAAGGCUUUACAGGUAACUGCUUUGUUUUUUCUGAUUUAUCCUCCUCCAAAAUCAUUUUGCAAUCUUAAAGAUGUCAGUAAUGGGAUGCUUUGCACAUUAGGGAGGAAAAUGAUUUCCUGUAUUCAGUGGGUGUCUCGAGUGGGUGUCUGUGUCUGACCAAAUGACAAGCAUGUGCCCAGGAGCCUUUGGCAAAUUAUGGUUCCUGUGGACACAAAUCCAUUUCCCUUCCAUGUAUGACACUUGUUUGUGGUAGAGUGAUAUGAUGUACAAGCAGGAAGGCCUCCUUCUUGUAGCCCUGCUCAGCAGCCUUCAUCAUAAAAUGAGCAGCCAUAAUAAUUUGCUAGGUCCCAUUGUGCUUGGAAUGUUUUUAGUUGUAUUUUCUGCCUCAUUAUCUGUAUUUCCUGUAUUGUGGUUGAUAUAUUUGUUUGGUGCUGCCGUGAAAACCUAACCUCAUAAAGUGCGGUGUAGAACUGUGUUAAACAGAUAAUUUUAGGUUGCAGAUGUCUUUAGCUGGCAGUGUGAAAUUAUUUUAUGAUCUGAAUUAACUCUCCAUUGUUCACUUUCUUUGUAGCUCUUGCAAAGGAUAGAAGACCCAGACAUUCAGCUGGUCAUAAGUGAACAGUGUCUUGAUAAACAUCCCAGCCUGGCAGCUUCUCAUUUCCUUGCAGAUUAUCUCACCACACACUUCUACAAACACUUAACAAUUAUGCGCCAUAAUGAAAUUCAGGCCCUUUAUAUGGGAUCAAAGGUAAGCAGAUGUGAAAUUUGCAACUGCAUUGCUGGGUUUUGGGGUUCUUCUCUCAAGUAAUGAGAGAGGUUUCAGGGUUGGGGUUUUUUAAAAUAAUAAUCAGGCAUUAUAUAAAUUUUAUGAAAUAAAUAAAUUUUGUUUCUCUUCUGUUUCUACAUCCAAGGUCUUACUGACUCUUCCUGAGCCUUACCGUGCUAACUACUCUCACCUGUCCUGCAAGCCACUGCUCAUGUUGGAGCAGCUCUUGAUGAACAUGAAGGUGGAUUGGGUAGCUGUGGCUGUACAGACACUGCACCAGCUCUUGGUUGGGCAAGAGAUAGGCUUUACUGUAGAAGACAUUGAUGCCUUGCUCUCCAAGUAUGCUGGGAAAGCCCUUGACUUCCCUUUCUCGUUAAAAGAGAAAAGAUCAGGUGACUUGCUUUUGGGAAUCUCUAAUCAGUGAAGAUGUUCCAUGUGCUCUUUAACCAAACAUGACAGAUUCUCAGCUGGUAAGGCAGAUUGGAUUCUAGCCAAAUCCACCUUAUCGCUUUGGGUUCUGUGACCCCAUGGUUUUGGCUUGCGACUUAAUUGUGCUGCUCCAUUUCUUCUCCUGUUUUCCUUAAUGCCACACAGUGCAGUACUACUAAUGUGUUUUACUGACCGUGGCAGUGGAGCCUGCAUUCAAAGGGCAUAAGGCAGUGAACCAAGCCCCUUACUUCUUCCCGCUCAACUUUUUGUAUAUUUUUAAGAUGGUGUAGUCAAAAGAGUUGAGGAAAAAGAACAUUAGAAGGCCUAGUAUCCCUAUGUUUCUAAAUAUCCGUAUUGUUCUCCUUUUGCUUAGAUGCAAAAGUCUGAACCUUCUUGUGCAUGCCAUUGGGUUAGUAAAUUGCUUGUACAAAAACUGUAGUCACUUGAAUCACAUGUGCUGAUCCAGUUUUGGAUGAAUCAUUCUAAUCUUCUUUGCUGCAGAUAAAAAUGGUUUUCUCUUUUGCCUUUAGAUUCUGUGAUUCAGAUGCAGGAGAAUUUGUGUCGGGGAUCCGAGUCUGAUACGUUGUCUAAAUCAGAAUCGACGGAACAGUUUCCAGUUAAUUCUCCUGGUGAGAGAAGGUCUAAUGGCUGGAUGUUGUGUUCAUACUUGUGUUUUUCUCUUAAAUCUGCUUUCUGCUGUAGUAGUUUAAAAAAUAAUAAUUUCUGGGUGGGAUUCAAUGGAUGAGCCCCACCAAAAGCUCAUACAAGAACUUCUACUAGCACAUCCUUUGCAUUGCCUUGUCACUGAAGGGUAGCAGUGAUUGUUUUGAGGCUUUUACUUACAAUCUAGUGGUAUAUACAUUUUAUGAAAUAAAUAAAUAUAAUAUUUCAAUUCUCCAUUUUUUGGUUUCGUUUCUUGUUUAUCAUCAAGAUGCAACGCAUUCUUCCAGCAUGAGAGAGAGAAGCCUACAGCAAACUGUGUCCCCAGAGGAGUUUGUGCCACCAGAGAAGCCCCCACCAAAACAGCAAUGGAUUCCCGAUGAGACUGAAGUCACGUGCAUGGUCUGCAAAACGGAACGUUUUACUAUGGUGAGGAACCCCCAAGGCCAUACUUGACAUGUAACUGGAACACUUGAACGGGUGUGUCUGCCGUUGGCUCUUUGGCCAGCUUGCUGCACUUCUGUCAGUCGUAUUUGCUACUGUGCCCCAAAGAUCCAAAUGGCUGUGGGUCUUGAAUGGGUAAAAUGUUAACCACUGAAAUGCUAUUGCUCCCUUAAAAGUUCCUCUUUGUGUCUCAGUUUAAUAGACGACAUCACUGCAGACGUUGCGGGAGGCUGGUGUGCAGCUCGUGUUCAACCAAGAAAAUGACUGUGGAAGAAUGUAGGGAAAACCCGGCUCGUGUUUGUGACCAGUGCUACAAUUAUUACAAUAAGGAGGGCUCAGAGGACUUGCCCCCUGAGGCAGAAAUGUGUGUAAACAAUCUUUCCCCAUUUUUUUGUAUCUGGAAUGCUAGCCUUCGAUAUCAACUAGUGAAUCGUUUUAGCGUUUCUUAUGGGUCUCCCCCUGAGAGUUUCAGUGAGGAGGAAAAAUCUCUGUUUCUAGUUCCUGUUGUUCCUGUUUCUAGUUCCAACAGUGGGACUAUGGGUAGGGCUUCAGAGUUUGACUUAAUGCUAUGAAAACACUUGCUUUACUGAACUUAACUUUUUGACGCAUGUUUGAAUAGGUAUGAAGCAUCAUUGUUUUUCUCUUUUCAUAGUACAAAAGUGGAGGAUCAGGACCAAGAAGAAGGUGAGGAGAUUUGCAUUUUGCUGGCAUGUAUUACAGGACUGACUUCACAGUCAACGCUGCUUGAGGGCAACAUGGGCAAGCCCUGAAGCAUCUUCAAAGACAUAACAAAUGCAUAGUGGCAUGAGCUUUCUAAUGCGUUGCUGCAUGGCUAACACAGCUACUUUCUUUAAGAGAACAGGGAUUUGUUCUAACUCGGCCAGAUUACUUGCUGGAAAACAUGGCAAGAUUUGGAAGCCACAAUGUGUUUCCAUGACUGGAUAGAGGACUCCUUGGGCUGUUUGCCCUUGGGACUCCCCAACCCCUCACCCAUGCCCUGUCUUUUAGUAAUGUUGUAGUUCAAGGGUGAGAAACCUUUUUUGGAACUGAAGGCCAAAUUACUCUGGUGUGAAGCUGAUGGAACAUUGUUCUGGUAGUGAACAGGGUCAGACACCCCCCUUUCCUUUAUCCAUGGAAACAGGUGCCUGUAUUUAAUUUCAAAUCAUUCAAGUUUCUCUUUGUUUUCUUCGUAGACUUUUACAAAGUUGGUUAGAAAAGCUUUAUCUGCCCUUAUGGUGCGCAAGGCAGAAACAACUCAGUCAUCCCAGAAGAAGUGUAAGCUUAGAGUUAUUCAAGGUCUUAAACUUCAAAAUGUAUAGCAUUCUGAAAAUCGUAUGCAUGCAGUUUCAAAUUUGCAAGGACUGUCCCCCCCCAUAUUGACAGAGAACAGAAGUGCACUGAGCCAGUUCCCCCCUUUGCUUUAAUCAUCUUUUGCAAAGGAAGGAGCUGCAAUUCGUACACAACAUCCAUGUCUUUUCCCUUACCUGCUAUAGAGCUGAUGAUUGGCAGCCCCUGGAAGCAGGGUUCCCCUUCCCUGCUGUAGUUGCACCCUGCUUCACAGAGCCGCUACUGAGCAGGGGUCAGAAUAGAUGUCUGAUUCCAAAUUGUAACAUGUGACUUCUUGUCCUGAUUUCUUGUGUGUUCUGUCAACGGCAGUUGCGUCCUCCGAUAACGAAUGCUCAGAUUACUCUGCAGUGGUGCAAAUACCCAAAAUAACAGAACUCGAGUGGCUUCUUUCUUUGAGAGAAGAGGAGAAUGAAAUUGUGCGCACCGAGUUUUAUUACGAGCAGGUAAGUGUAUGCUCUGAAAGGGGGAAAUGGACUUCCGAUAUGGCACAUGAUAGGGCAAGCAAGGAAAAGUUGGCAGCGGGGCAGAAAAGAAGAAUAGGAAACCAGUGGGGAAAGAAGAUAGAAAAGAAAUUGAGAAAUGGAACCCAAGAACACCAGGGAGGGAGAAAAGAUCCAGAUGACAUUCCUGGGCUUUGGGGAAACAGUUCUGUUAUAAUGCAUAAAUAGUAGUGAGGGAACACAAGGAAGUGCAGCUGCAGGACUCUGUCCCUGCUCCACCCCAAUGCAUCAUCUACUGGAGCACCGGGAUAAUUGGUGUACACUCCUUGCUCUAGCAAGUGAAUGAGGUGAUGUUGGGGCUUUCAAGUUCAUUUGUGGCAGAUUAGCACAGAGAAUGAAGAAAAUAAGCGGGCUGGGCACUUCUGUCUCUUCCUUUGACUGGGUUCCUACUUCAUGAUAGCAGUUUACAUGGUAGCACUUCUUUGUAAGAUGAUUUGCUUCUCUAAUUAGAAGCUAAAGCUUGCAUUUUAGCAGCCUGAAGAUCUUCUGUUAAAGCUUAGUAUGUUGCGCGUGUGGACCCUAUACAGUUCAGAUGUAAGCUCCCCUGUGGACAGGGUCGCAGUCAUUCUAAUAAAUUGGAUAUUGUACUAUGUGCUGGCAGUAGUGGUGCUGGGAAGGGGGCCAUAUUGUGCUGCCUGCAUUUUGGACAUGGUUAUUUGGUCUGAGCUUACUAUGCAUCUGGUCAACACAGCAGGGGUCAACAGACUCUUCUAUCUCUUUGAGUUUUAUAGUGAAGAAUAUUGUUCUGCUCCUGUCUUUUUGGCUGAGUACACUUUAGCUCUUCAGCUGCAGCCUGCAGGUGGAAUCACAAUUACCUCUGCCUUUCCCUUGCCUCUCCUAAUGUUCAGGCACCCAGUGCUUCCUUGUGCAUUGCUAUUUUCAAUCUCCAUUCGGACAGCGUAGCCUGUGGUCACCAGUUGAUAGAUCACUGCUGCAAGCUUUCUCGAGGGCUGACAAACCCCGAAGUGGAUGCUGGCCUCCUCACGGAUAUCAUGAAGCAACUGCUCUUCAGUGCCAAAAUGAUGUUUGUAAAAGCUGGGAUGAGCCAAGAUUUAGCUCUCUGUGACAGGUAAGUGGUCUGCUGUUCUCCUGAGAUGCCUUCCCAAAGUAGUCAGACAUGCCUGGCUCAUGUUGAGGGGGAUGCAGCAGAAAGUGGUCUAUAGCAGAGACUGAAACAUUUAUAUAAGGACUGGGCUGAAUUUUUCACAGUUUGGUGGAUCCCAGUGUGUGUGCUGCCUCUAACUUUUGUAUCUUAUUUUAACUCCACCAACAGCUACAUCAGCAAAGUCGACGUGCUACAUAUUUUAGUCACUGCCUCAUAUCGUCGUGUUCCCUGUCUGGAUCAGAUAUUGGAGCCUACAGCAGUUACAAGGCUAAGAAAUCAGCUUUUGGAAGCAGAAUACUAUCAGCUAGCCGUAGAGGUAAUGCAUGGGGAGAGAAGCCGCUCUGGAGUACAGCCUCAGGGCUCCUUCAAAUCAUUGCUCUGUUUUGCACAGAGAUUGCCUUCAUUUAGAGAACACAAAUAUUGGGGUGUUUGAACUUCAACUUGAAGCAUCUCUUCCCUCACAAAGACACCUAUUAGCCUUUUGGGCUUGGUUCUGUGUUUUAUAAAAUAUAGAAAACCAAUGCUCGGUGUGUUUUUUUAAAAAAGCAACUAUAUAAUUAGUAGAUUAAUCAACUAAGCAUUUGUUGAUUAAUUGGUACAGGUCAGCUUUUAUUGGUGGGGCUGGGAUUUGAAGACAUGCUUAAUUUGGGAACUAUUUGGUUCUAUUGUAGCUGUAAUAGGAAAUUUUUAAAAAGACACUAGGCAUGGUCUUUGUUUCUAAGAGUAUAUAUUAAUAUUUCUUAAAUUCUUAAUAUCUGAAAAUGUACCUUCUCAGUAUUGUGACAAAUGCACUCCAAUAAAACUGCCAAUAGUGACCACAAUAGUGUACAAUAGUAAUAGGCCAAUAGUGUUCAGCUCUGAUUAAAGGUAAAGGGACCCCUGACCAUUAGGUCCAGUCGCGGAUGACUCUGGGGUUGUGGCGCUCAUCUCACUAUAUUGGCCGAGAGAGCCGGCAUACAGCUUCCGGGUCAUGAUUACUGCAGCUCAGAAAGAAUACUGUAGAGCUAGAAAAACUUCAGAGUUAGAAAAGAGCAACAAAAGUGACCAGGUAGACAUUGCAAUUGCACAUGUGUACAUUCUUUUUUCUUCAGAAAACAAAAGAUGACUAUGGAAGACUGAGGGGGAGAUUAUCUCAUAUUUUGAUGACUGUUUUCAAUAACCUGUUCAUUUUAGGUUUCCACGAAGACUGGCCUGGAUCCAGGUGGGGCAUGGCACGCCUGGGGCAUGGCAUGUCUUAAAGCUGGCAACCUCUCUGCUGCCAGAGAGAAAUUCAGCCGGUGCCUAAAGCCACCUCUUGACUUGAACCAGCUAGACUCAGGCUCAAGACUGGUCCAAGAUGUGAUACAGUACCUGGAGUCCACAGUGAAGCCCAUUAUCUCAGUGGUAAGAGUCCAGUCUUCCUCCUCCCUCAACAGCUGGUCUCCUGAGGUAGAUUUAAGCUACAGCUACAGCCAGAACAUUAAACAUGCUAGGGUAUUGGUAUUCAGUGCUAUUUUUCUGGAAAAAGAGGUGCUGGAACUCACCAUGAACGCCUCCCUCGUUCUCUUAGAAGGGCCAUGGCUGGGCACCCUGAGAGUGCCGGAACUGAGUUUGGUAUUUCCAGCUAAAAAAAAGGUCUUGUUUGUAUUUAAUCUGGGACCAAGUUAUCUCUGUGAUUGCCUAUGCCCACAUUAUUCUCCCAAACCUUGAGUUAUGGCAUCUGAAAACCUGCUGCCCACCAUAACUCAGAUCCAAGUGACAGGCUUUUGGACUACAACUGUGCUGGUUGGGACUAUUGGUAGUUGUAGUCCAAAAUACUGGAGGACACCAGGUUGGCAAAGGCUGUUCUAUGGAACUGUGCCAAGCCCAGUAUACCUAAAGGAGCCGCUCCACUCCCAUUGUACAGCGUGGACACUAAGGUCCAGCUCCAAGGGCCUUCUGGCAGUUCCCUCACUGCGAGAAGUGAGGUUACAGGGAACCAGGCAGAGGGCCUUCUCAGUAGUGGAACGCCCUCCCAUCAGACGUCAAGGAAAUAAACAACUGUCUGACUUUUAAUAGACAUCUGAAGGCAGCCCUGUUUAGGGAAGUUUUAAUGUUGGAUGUUUUGCUGUGUUUUUAUUAUAUUGGAAGCUAUCCAGAGUGGCUGGGGCAACCCAAUCAGAUGGGCAAGGUAUAAAUAGUAAAUCAUCAGCAUCUCCCUCCCCCAUGCUUUUGGGACUUGCUCCAAAGGCCUUCCUGUUUUAUAAAGUCUUUUUGUUUUGUUGAACUUAACAAUACUUAAUGGGUAGGAAUACAAUUUAAAAGUAAAAACAAUUAAACAUAACAAUUCAAUAAAAUCUGCUAUUUAGAAGAAAAUUGUUAUAUUGAAUUGUUAUUGCUUUUAAAUUAUAUGCCUACCCAUUCAGUAUUGUAAGCCACUUUGUAAAGCCUUUUGCUCUGAAAAGUGCAGUAUAAGUACCUAAAUGUACUUUUAAAAGAUACUUAAAAAUAAGAAGCUAAUGCUUACUGCCUAUUUAUGUUUUUGUGUGUGGUCAUUGCAAGGGCAAGUUUAUGGUUUAGUGAGCAUAUAGUUAGAACAUUGCCUGUGCUUUUCUUUUUAUUUCUACAACUAACAGCGCUGGAGAUGUGCGUACUUUAUUUUUAAUGUAACCUGAACAUUCUGUUUAGGUGGUAUGCAGGCUGCAGCUAAAAAUGGCAUGUGGUAGAAUGUCCAAGUCAAGGUUAGAUGCAGAAAAUAUUGAAGACACAGUUAAAUCCAUGCCAACAAAGCGUGCAUCAAGAACAUCUUGUCUUGGUUUGGAAUUCUUUUCUUUGUGCCUUCAAGCUGUACACUAGGGAAGAAGAAAGUGAAAUCAGGGUAUCUAUGGCUCUUUACUGACAUGGGACAAAAUGCCAGGCAUGUAAUAUUCUGGUGUUUAACAUUUGGGAUUACCAUCUGGCCUGUUGCCAUUCUUACUAAAAGCUGACAGGGACAACAGCAUGUAAAGCAAGAAAGUGACUACAACUCCCAUCAUCCCUGACCACUGGUCUUGCUGGCUGGGUCUGGUGGGAGUUUCAGUUCAACAGCAUCCAGAGAGCCACACAUUCUCCUUCCCUGAUGUGCAGAUCCAAUCUUAUGUAGUGCUGGAUUUGGGACUGAGGAGACCCAGAUCCAAGACCCCAUUUAGGCACAGAAGUCGCUUGGUGACUGGGAGCCAGUCAUUCAACUGCUUCUCACAAAGUGAUUUGGAGGGUGAUAUGAAGAGGGAGUGAGGACCAUGCAUGCUGCUUUGACCACCUUGGAGAAAGGGCUGGAGAGGAAUUGGAAUUGAUAAAGGAAUGCUGCUUGCAACUUGCUGCUUGUGAACUGCUGUUGAUAAUAGUGGCCACAUUGUGUUAUGUGCUAUUGUGGUGUAGAUAGAAGAUGUGGCACCAUACUGAAACCUACCUGUUUGCAGAGGUUAAGCAGUUUUCUACUCUGUGUUGACUUGCACCGGGUCAGAGAAAGAGGAAACUGGAUGUUAGAUAUUGCCCACAUAGCAUAACUGUGCAGCUCAUUUCUAGACUAUGAUUUGGAUCUGUCUUUCUGCUCUGAUUUGGAGUGUCUUUCUGCUCAGAAACAUGGAAGGGCCUCUGGAGGAAGGUAUUUGUGGUACAGGGAGUGAUUGGUAACAUUUUUUUUAAAAAACCAUCCUGCAUCACCUGCCACACUGUACUGGAGGGUCCCUCUGUCCUUUGGAGCAGCUUUCGGUGGUGGUAUUGCCAAGGAAUGUAGGAAUCGGUAGAAAUUGCUUCCCUCUGCCUUCCUCCAGCAGGACAAUAUGGUGAACAGACAUCUCCUCACAGGAACUUGUGAUGUUUGAUUCUCUGCUUUUUUUGGUAGCAGGAUGACGACUACUUUGCCACUUUGAAGGAACUGGAAACAACACUAAGGACACGAAGCCUAUCCCUGGAGCUGAUACCUGAGGGGAAGAUUCAACACAACAGCUACUACCAAGAGUGCCUCUUCUAUUUGCACAACUAUGGCACCAAUCUAGCAAUCAUUCGUUUUUAUAUGAGGCACGACUGCAUGAGAGAAGCACUGCUGCAUUUGUUAAAUAAGGUGAGGCAGCCUGUUCCUCCUGGAGGUUUUUCUAGUAAGGGGUGAUGAACCUGUGGUCCUCCAGAUGUUGCAGGACUACAACUCCCAUCACCCUUGGCCAUUGGUCAUGUGGACAAUGAGAGCUGGAAUACAACAGCUGGAGGGUUGCAGGUUCACGUUUCCAUGUCUCUUAAUUUGGAUAGGUUCCAGGUGGUAUAUUAUGGGAACAUGUUACUUUGUUAUGAAACUAGUUUUCUCAAUAUUGUGAGGACCUUGACCUUGGUCUCAAUCUUUUGUUGAAGUUGUCCUGUUUUGAAAAUCUUGCCUAUUUUAUCGCUAUGACUAGCUGCCCUUGAACAAUGUGUGCUGUGUUCCCUUCUGUCUUGAAAAUAGCCCUUUUAUUUUCCAUGUUAUGACUCCCUUCAUAAAAUGGCUGAGGCCUUGUUCAAGUGCCUCCAAGAUUUAUUGGCAAGUGUAAAUGGUGCCAGGAAAUAUUUCAGUUUUAAGAUGUCUUGUGACUAUUAGAACAGCAUAGCGUUUGGUAGGUAUUCGCAGGCUUUCAAGAGAAGUCUCAUGUUGAGACUCCCCCUAACUCAACUUCUGCUGUGUCUGCCUUCAUACCCAAAAACAAUUUUCAGCCUGAUCUGAGAAUUGGACAAAUGUAACUUUUAUGAAAAACAUGCAGUCUACUGUAGCCCAAUAACAGAGGCUUUUCUUCCUAAAGUAAUUAUAUGGAUGAGGCAAGUCUGUCUAAACGCUUGAAUUUUUCUCUGUUUUAGGAGAGCCCACAUGAAGUAUUUAUUGAAGGGAUAUUUAUCCCAAGCUAUACCAGUGGAAAACUUCACAUGUUGGAAAACUUACUGGAAACGAUUGACCCGGGUCUAGCUAGCUGGGGUGCUUAUCUCAUUGCAGCUUGCAAACAUUUGCAGAAAAAGAAUUACUAUAAUAUCUUAUAUGAAUUGCAACAAUUUAUGAAGGUAGGAGUGGGGGGGUUGAUGAUGAUGAUGAUGGUGAUGACGACGAUGAUAAUAAUUUAUUACUUAUACCCCGCCUAUCUGGCUGGGUUUCCCCAGCCACUCUGGGCAGCUUCCAACAAAAUAUUAAAAUACAAUAGUCCGUGAAACAUUAAAAGCUUCUGUAAACAGGGCUGCCUUCAGAUGUCUUCUAUAAGUCUGGUAAUUGUUUUUCUCUUUGACAUUUGGUGGGAGGGCGUUCCACAGGGUGGGUGAUGUACUUCUCAUGCUGCAGUUUUAAAUGUUCUGAACUUUUUGUCAGGAAAGUUGGACAAUAUUUCCUGUAUUUUGGGAAAGAGCCUCGAUAUGUGCUGUUUGUUCAUGUACGCAGUGAGGGGGGUUCUUUUGGGUUCCUAACUUAGGAAUGUCUGCUAUAAUAGAGCUUGCAAACCCAUCCCAUCACUGCUUAUGUCCAAUCCCUUCUGUAUAGUUCAAUAUGUUCUGAAGAGUUGCUAAGUGGUUUUCACCAAUGAUACACAAUUUGAAGGCUUACCCAUCUUAACACUCCUGUCUUUCAGGAUCAAGUCCGUGCUGCUAUGACCUGUAUUAGAUUUUUCACUCACAAUGCAAAGUCUUACGCUGAAUUGGGAGAAAGGCACACCUGGCUGUUGAAGGUCAAGGACCAUCUCAAAGUUUACCUACAGGAAGUUUCAAGGAGUUCGGGAAGAAAAAAGGCUACAUGUACUUUCCGUAAGAAAAUGUCUGCUCCUGACGUCUCAAGGUACCAGCAGAUGUUAUCGUUUGAUGACAUAUAUUUCAUUCUCCGUUUUAUUGAUCAUACAGUUUCCCUGAACAGUGUGAUAAGGCAUUCUUCAGGACUUUUACCAUAAGCAUCCAUGCUCUUAAAAAUCAGUUGGUUUAAGUUCAAUAUUUUUGAGGUAUUGUGACUCUAGUGUCUUGAAUUAAUUUCUUUUAAAGUUUCUCAUGCUCAACUCCAUUUUAACAAGGCAUAUCUCUGUGGAUAUUUUGGAGUGUGGGUUUUGUCUAAGUAGCAUUAAGUAAUGUGUCCUGUCAGCAAAAUGAUUUCUGCUUGAACAACAAAAUGUUCCCACCUCUCCUCCCCCCAAUAUAUCUUUUCUUGGGUUUCCUCCAAACCUCCAGAGCAGAUUUGGGAUGGGGGUGAGGAGUAGAAAGGGAGGAAAUCCCGAUUGAACAAGUGGACAUUCUUAAGCUGACAGGAGGCAUUUGUUGAAUACUUCCUUAUGUGUUGACAUGUCCAUCCUCUCUUAUCUUGCAGAGUAAAUCUAGCAUGCAAUGUUUUCCAUGAUAUACUUGAGUUAUGCUUGUGUGUUUUUCUUUAAUGAGGACAUUCUUUUUGCUUCCUUUCGCCCACAAAGUGUUUAAAGAUGUUUAUUCUGGGAAAGGAAAAAUAAGUAAAUAAGUGAUGUGUGAAGGCAUUGCUUAAAAAAAAAAAAAAACUUUUCUGUACAGUCGUACCUUGGUUCUCAAAUGGAAUCUAUUCCAGAAGUCUGUUCGACUUCCGAAAACAUUAAAAAACCAAGGCGCAGCUUCCGAUUGGCUGCAGGAGCUUCAUGCACUCGAUCAGAAGCCGCAUCAGACGUUCAGCUUCUAAAAAAUGUUUGCAAACCGGAACAUUCACUUAAAAGUUUAUGGCGUUUGGGAACCAAAACGGACGAGUACCAAGGCGGUGAGAUCCAAGGUCUGACUGUAUUGUGUAAUGAAGCAUUUCCCCCUAAAUCAGGCAUAUCAAUACAGUUGAGCUUCAACUGGAAGUGACAAGAUUCCUUCAUCGGUGCGAAAAAUUGGGAGCCUCAUCUCUGACUGUCUCAUCUGUUCCUACACUCUUUGGAAACAAUCAAAUGAAGAUGGAAGUAGCUUGCAAGGUACUGAGUGCCUCAUAAAAUCGUGGCAUAGUUAUAGGUAUCAAAACUGAAUACUAUAAACAGCACUGAGUGUAGCCUACAGAGAGCUGGUUUGCAUCUAACACUAGGACAAACUAUGGCUUAGGCCAAACGCACAGGUUCCCAGAGAAGAGAUCAUGGCUUCUGUACUUCUAACUAAACCAUGGUUUCGUGUAGCGUGUUGUCCAAACCUGGACUCAAGGUUUGUCUCACUGCAUACAAACCACAAGGAGUAAACCCAAGAACCAACCUUAGUUACAACUUGUGGUUUGUCUGGAGCAAGACAAUGCAUAAAUUCUGGUUUGGACCUCAUGCUAAGCUUAACUUUGGCUUCUCACACAGCAGCAGCAGGACUGGAUGAGGAGAUACAAGAGAGAUUUUUAUCCAUGGCUGCUUUCAUAUUGUAGAAUUCAUUCUGAAGAGAGGCUGGAUGGGCUCCCUCCUUUUUCCUUUUUCUUCCACUGCCAGGCUACAACCUUCAUCUUCAGACAGGUCUUUGGAAACUAAGGUGCAGAAGAUACUGAUCCCUGACCCAGGGCAAAUUAUAUUUUAAUUCCUGGUUUUAGAUGUGUUGCAAUUUAAUUGUUUUCAACUAGUUUGUUUCUAUUAUGCUGUGUUUUAUAAUUGUAAGCUGCCUUGAAUCCCAACUUGGAAGAAAGGCAGGCUAUAAGUAUAUUAAAUAAAUAAAUUGAAAAUAAUAAAUAUCACUUUUCCGAAACUGGAUGCUGUCCUUAAGCUUGGAAAGAGGGAAUAAGAAUCCUGUUUGUGUUAUGUAGCUGACGGUACUAACUGUGGGUUGUUUACACAAUACUUAACCUUUUUGCUGCUGCUAUUUCUUCUCAGGUCAUGCUGGAAGGUAAAAACAUUGAAGAAGGCUUUGGGAUUGCAUUUAGAGUUCUACAGGUACGGUGAACCUAAGAUGAUGUUAUACAUAAUGUUGAUUCCUUACAAUUCUCACCAAAGCAGAUAAGGAAAACCACAGCAUUUUUGCCAGUUACAAUGAUGUAUCUUUUAGGUGUCUAUAAAAACUUGAGUUAGAAGCUUCUGUUUUCAUAAUUGCGUUAGGUUUUUAGUAUAGCUUUAGUAUAGAGACAACUGAAACCUUGAGUCAUUCCCUCCAGCUGCUUCCUUCUUGUAGUUUCUUGCCCUUUAGCACGUUUCUGUAGCACCACCUCUGCUUCCUGAGCAUCUAUGACAUUAUUUUCCCCAGUACUCAGUAUUCCCCUGUCUGUAAUUUUGUCUCCCUUCUCCUCAGGAUUUAGUUUAAAGCUCUCCUGAUCAGGUUCACAAUACUCAUAGCAAACAUAUUCUUGCCAAGAGUCUCAUGAACCUAAACCCUCCACUUAGAGUUGCAGCUUUAGUUGAGUCCAACUUUAUAGAGGUUCCCUUCGCCAAAUAUUCAGUAUCUCUUGUAGAGGUAUACAGACAUGAAUGGCGAGUUCCACACACCCUUCCUUCAUUAUUGCCAAGUCUUUGCUGAGAUAACUGUGUGAGGAAUGCAAUGCCACCAUAGCUGACAUUUGUUGAUAUUCAGGUGGUUCAAGCAUUUUCCCAGUCUUUUAAAAAUGAGGUAGAAGAGGUGUAGCUGAGUGCUAGAGCACCUGCUUCGCAUACAGAAGGUUUUAUGUCCUUGUUUCUGGAAAGGACCCCUGUCUGAACCUCUGAAAAUCUGCUGCUGUAAAACCAGUUUGACCUGAUGGGUUUGACUUGAUUUCACUCACUUUCAUAUAUGCUGUUUAAUCUGAGGAGGCUAACCUGUGGUCCUCUCAGAUGUUGCUGGACUCUGAACUCCAUCAGUCCCAGCCAUAAUGACCAGUGGUCUGGGAUGGUGAAUUUUAUGUAAUUAAACUAGGAACAGAUAACCUUUGGCCAAAGAAUUUUUGAUUUUUAAAACCUAAGUAAGCUUGCAUACUGUAAAUAGUGUUGGACUAAGUCACACAGAGCUCAGUGGGACUUAUUGUCAUAUCGGUGUGUGUAAGGAUGUAGUCAUUGCAGAGUCGUUCGAUAGCUUGGCCUGUGUGUUGAUUUUGGUGGGAUGCAUAUGAGAGAAUGGCUGUCACACGAUUUAAAAUAUAUUUUAGCUGAUUGAAUUGCAUGAACUUGUUUAAGUGAUGCUAUAGCCCUAAUGAGGACUUCUCUUAAAUGGGGACAGAGCAAGGUAGAUACAUAGUAGGGGCCAUUGAAGGAGGAUUCUGUAGCAUCACAGUGGCUAAAUUUAUAUAAAGGCUGUAAAGGUUUGAUAGUACACAGUACCACAGGACUUCUGCAUGACAAGGGAUUUUCCCAGAUCCUUAUUGCUCCUGUAUCAGUAAAGCUCAAUUCUGGUUGUAGGGAAGUGUUUGUGUAUUUUGAAAUCAUAUUGGUUCUUCCACCUUAGGAUUUCCAGCUGGAGGCUGCUGAUGUAUACAUUAAAGUGGCCAGACAGCUGGUGAAGCAGCAGAAGUACAGUGAGAUCAGGCAGCUCCUUAAGUGCAUCAAGGAAUCUGGUGCUGAAGAUAAAACUGAUGGGGACAACGUCCUCUUAAACUGUCUGGACGAGUCUGAUUCUAUUCCUGCUGAGGUAAUCUUGUUCUUUUCCUGGAAAGAAAAGGCACAACCUUAUUUUGUUUACAUUCUGCAAAUAAGUAUUGUGUGCUUGGAAUGCAGGUAACAACUUUUAGUAAUCUCCAAGACUGAAUUAUUCUCAUUUUGCUAGUCAUGCUUUCAUGAGGGGCUUCUUAUGAGGAGCUUCUUUCAAGCUGGCUGAGACCCUUUCCUCUCAUAAUCCGGGAAGUUUAUCACCUCCUGGCCCAACCAAUUGCCUUUCUCCUUCUAGUUGUUAUCACUUAAGGAGGGCAAGUGUGGAGCAAACACAUGGUGGGCCCCAUCUCUCAAAGCACCAUGUCUAUAUCCAUAGAUUGCAACAAACUGAAAUCCAUCCAUGCAAAAGUGGCUAGCUGUCUCUUUGGCAUCAUCCUGUAGAUCCCUGUAAUUCUUAAUGUGUCAUCAAAUUUGGAAUAGAUACAAGGGAUGUUUAACAAUGAAGUAUCAUGUCAUGGCGAUCUUACAACUGGUUUUUUUUCUUUGUGGGUUACAGGAUCUGGACGAUCUGAUCAAGGAUAUGGACAGCGAUGAAAACAAGGUAAGUGAAGAAUAGGAUACAUUGAUCCUGGAGAAGACCCAACUUUUAUAGUCUUUCCUGCUUCUUCCAUUAUCUUGUGCUCUCUAGAUUUAGCAGCAAGUAUCAGAAGAUUCAGUGAUACUUGCAAGGAUGUGGCCUCAAAAGAAUAAAAGAAAGCUGCUUUGAAAGGGUUAUAUAGUCUGGCUAUAUAACCCUUUAUAUAACUCAUGAGCUGUUGAAGAUUAGGCUCCUCAUCUAGCUGUCCCGUCAAUGGAAAAAACCUUGUCAAAAGACCUGGAGGGUCCCCUGCAGAAUCUGGAGCAUAAUUAUUUAGCCUGCACUUUUGUUUUUCGUGGCAAACUUUUGCAGAGGCUGCAGACAGCUGAGACCGUCAAUGAAUCCUUUGUGUGCCCUGAGCUGCUCAUUAUUCCAGAAUUUGAUUCUUUCUCUCCUGUUAGUGAACAUAUCCAUUGUAGUGUUUCUAAUGCUGGUAAAUUCUCUUUGCAAAAGGCUGCUGCUCUCAGAGAAAGCCACAACUAAAAUACUUGCUUUUCACGAAUGAAACAGCAUAGCUUUGUGCUAUUUUUCAAAUAGGGCUUCUCCAAUAGUGGAUAUUGAAACCCAAAUUCUCUUAAAUGAGCUUCAUUCUUUUUAUGCAAUGGAAAAAAUGGUAGGUUGAAUGGCUGGUGGGGAAUUUGGACCCUCCAGACGGUGUAGGGUUGUAAUUCCAUCAGCCAAAAGCAGUAUAGGCAACCAGGAGAGUUCCCCACCCUUUGUUAAAUAAACAACAAGGAAAGAUGUAUAGUAUCCUUGAGACUAAAGCAAUAUCCAUUCUGAUCACUUGUUUGUCAAUUCUAAAAGCUCCAGACAGAAAUUGAAUUUGUCCUAGCCAACUUCCCAGGCUGAUCAGUAUUGAGAUUUAUUUUAAGAUUUGGUAAUUAAUGCAUUCCAGUUCCUGAUCAACAGAGCAGCCAUGCCAGCUGUUCCAAUACUUGGAAUCGUCCCAACCUUGCGUGUAUAUUGUCAUUCUAGGGACCCAGCAAAUGCUUUUUGGCUCUGAUUCAAAAGUUCCCACAUUUCCACUCACAUAAGGUUUGUGGAGGUUUGUCACCCUUAGAGAAAGGUUGUGGCUCAAUGGCAGAGCACAUGCUUUGCAUUCAAAAGGUCCAAUCCUCACCAUCUUCACGUAGGGCUCUCCUGUCUGAAACCUUGGAGAGCUGCUGCUAGGCAGUGUUGAGGACACUGAAUUAGGUGGAUCAGUAGUCUGACUCUUCUCUAUAUUCCCUGUGUUUUUACCGAUUCCCACGUCCAGCUGCAAUCCUUUCCAUCACAUCCCAUGCUUUUUUGGAGGAUUCCCCCAGCCCUCAAGCAGGUUGGCAAGGGAGAGGUUGGAAGUGUAUGGGGCUAUACCAGGAAGCUGGUGAGAGAGCCCCAUCCUGUUAAGUAGAAAUCCACUUGCAGAAGGAAGAAUCCCACCCUUUUCUCUCUCCGUUUCAGAUCCAAGCAUAUCUGAAAUGCCACAAGCUACGUUCCGCUUACCUGGUCUCAGUGAGACAAGAAAACGCUCGCGCUGUGCAGUUGGUCCUGCAUGUACGGCAGUUGGCUGAGGAUAGUGGGGAAGAUGUGGUGCAAGCCAUCUGCAGCCAGUGGCUUUCAGUGCACCACACCAAACCAAGAAGCUGGCUCACUCAGGGCUCCAAGAAGUGACUUCCAGCAAGCGUAUCAUUGUUGGUGGUUUGCUUUUUUAUAAAGGGAAGGCUCUGCAUUGUGUUGGUCAGAUCAGCUUAGUCUAUGUAUGGCGGCGGGUUGGAAAGGAGCUGCUCCGAUGCCCCUUCCGAAAAGGAAAAGACUGCUGACUAAAAGUGCCAAUCAUGUCCUGAUGACAACCAACUAUCUCUACCUCAGGGUGUUCUCUCUCUUUUUCCCCUCCACCCACCGCCCAGCACAACCUAAAAAUGUUAACGUUUCAGUCUUUCAUCAACCAUAUUCUCCUGUGCUGCUAUCAGUACAUGUAUCCCCUGGGCAUUGUUUUAUUAAUUUAAAACCCACAUCGGUUAAAUCUAGUUUGGAACUUGUCUUGUGAUUCUGCUAAAGCAAAACUGUAUCACAGGCAAAUCUGUAUAGAGACAUAGUAAUGUGGGUUUUGAAUUUUGGAAUAUGUAGCAGAUACAUCUCUAGGAUUUGCUUUUGUACAGGUAUGUGCUGUUUCUCCUAUAGGUAUUGGAAAGCAAUGGGAAAUUCUUAUGAGGAGGAAGCUUCCUUUCCUGUUUCGAGAAACACACAAGUUUGCUGAGAUGCACUUUGUCCUGCUGCUAAUUGACAGAUACUAGGAUAGCCUAAUUCCUGGAGCAAACUUUACUUGUACCACUGGUCAGUUGUAAGAUCCUUAAACCGGUUUGAUAUGUGAAAUUUGGAAACAAGUUCCAAUUGUUAAAGCUGCCAUCUGUGGACUUAGCAAAGCUUUUUACGACAUGUGCAUAGAGUGAAAAUUAUUGUAAAAAAUUGUCCUCUCUGUUGUAGAAAAUACACCUUCAGCGGGUGGUUGAUUUAAUUAUAUUUUCUCACAAGUCAUAACUUUAAUGAUCUAUUCAUUGACCAAAACCAACUUUGCAGAACAGCAGACAUUUAGAUGAAGUGAAAUAACUACUGUGUGUAUAUGUGAACUGACUGGAGCAGAGUGCAGAGUGGCAGCUUAGGCCAAGCAAUUAUAGGGGUGAGAUAGUUGUGCAAGCUUGGAAUCUGUUUGCCACAAAUCUUUCAAUAAAGUUGCCUCUGUAGCAGCAACUUUAAGCAGCUGCUGUUAGCCAGAAGCACUCAAUGAAAGCCACAAUGUCUUGCUGUAAGUAUGAGUAGUAAUGGAGCUGUGCAUAAUUCUGCACAUUGCCAUGUGAUGCAAUCAACGUAUAAAGUUAAAUAGUAAAUAGAAUCCAGAGAGGAAGUUGCCCCCACAGCCACUUAGAGCGUGGCCUAGACCCUUCGGGAGUCUGGACUGAUUCUAAAUGUAAUGCCCAGUACCUGGUUUUUGUCAUCCCAUUCGCUAAUUACCUGUCUAUCCUGCUGUCUUUCCAGUUACCACAAUUGGAAGCAUAAUUUGCAGUGGGCUUUAAAAUUCCUUUUAAAUCUAAGGCAGGGCAUCCAGCUAAAACCCUUCAACUCAGUUGAUGGGGCCCAUCCGUUUCUGUGAAAAGGGAACCUAAUUGAUUACAAGGGGGUGUGGGAAUUGAAUUGUAGGUGAUGUCGCUGCACUAAAGUGAUGGUAAGUUAACUGCUGUGCCAUGAUGCACAAUCAGUCCAUAAGCAUACUUAAUUGUUUACACCUUAAAACACUCGGGUUUUUAAGGUUAAUAUCGUCCUUUCCUGCUAACUUUAACUUUAACAUGGUUGACCUUUAUUUAUGGGUCUUAGCAUUACAUCAUAGCCACAAAUGCUAGGAACAAUUAGCUCAUGGGAUUUGGUGUCCAGAAAUAGCUUGCAGCUUAAGUUACAUACAUUCAGCUUUCAAGUUCUUCCACCUCCUCAGUCUUGAAGAUUAUCCUAUUAGGAAUUUAAGGCUUACAAAAGCUGCUUUUCUGUCUGUCAGAACUGAAUUUCUACUGGGCUUCAGAAGAACGUGAUGUGACUGUAUGUGGUAUUGAUCAGUUUUCUCAUGGGAAGCAUUUUUUGGGGGGGGGGGGAGAAAAGCACUAAUUCCUAUAUACAGUAUUUUAAGUUGCUAUACAUCUCUCAUUCCCUUGCCUGUCUCUUACAUACGUCUUCACAGGAGAAACAAUAGACUCUGCUAUGGUGAAGAUUCUAGACUAAUUCUGUGUUCCCUUUUGCACUGUACUCUAUGCACUUUACAUUGUUUGCAACUCAAAAUUCCUUAUUGGCUCACUCUAAGGUGUUUUUUUUCCACCAGCAAAACCUGUCCUAUAAAUUGCCCUGCCUCAUAAAUACUGGUGUUGAUGAGAUGAACAAAUGUUGACCCUUGAUGAGAGAUGAACUUCUGUCCAUAAUGAACAGGAAUAAAGCAUAUUUUGUCAAUUUAUUUCAUUUAGUUUAACUUUGACAUACGUUGGGAUUUUGUAUUAAAUUACAUUAAAUUAAAUCAUAGAGAUCAAUGUUUAAAAGCAAAGACAGAGCAGUGCAAGUUUUAAGUUUAAUGUAGUCAGUGUAUUGAGAAAUGUCCAGUGCUGAAUGCCAAACUGAAACUUCCAGCCAAAGAAAAUGGACUUUGCAUUACUUUACUUAAACUAUGUUAAAGUCCCCUCGAUGCAAGCAGAACUUUUUUUUCUGUAAGCCAGCAUGAGGUCACAGCACCAAACAUUUAUGCAGAAUCUGACUCCUUGUAAAAGUUAUCUGUCCAACAACUAAAUACUCAAAAGGCAUGCUGCUGGACUUACUUCUCAUUUUCCCUCAGAAAAUUAAGAAUACCAUGCCCACCCCAUGGCUCUAUUGUUCUGACAAAGGGCUGUUAGAUACUAACAAAGCACUUACGUUAUACAAAAUAAUGGUAUUUACAGCUAAGCUCCCUACUGUAAUACCAAGAUAUCUGCCAGGGCACCCACCAAGCUCUUUUUAACCCAGAGAGAAUUAAAGUUAUUUCAUGCUUUCCCCCAUGCUGUCUGUUUAGGCCCCCCCUACCACUUUGAUUGGUUCAUUCUUCUUUUCAGGGUCCACUAGCCAUUCUCCCCAUGGACAACAUUCAAUUAAAUAGUUCUAAUUAUACACUAGCAGCCCGAAGUUGUGUUGACACCAAGGAGAGAGAGGGAGCAAGAAAUGUCUGUACCCGAGUACAAGAGGCAAUUUGGUCAUGGGGCAGGAAAUCAAAACAGAUUUUCAAGAACUUAUUUAAGGAGAGAGUCUGGCCUUCUCUGCAUUGGUGGGAAUUGGCUGGUUGACUAGAAAAUGGGAGGCUUAAAGCAAGAGUUUUGGAGCUCAGAAUACACACACCUUGUACCUACUGAUUUGAGCAAGCAACUCUUAUCUUCAUCUCAGCAGCUUGCUUUAUGUGGAGUGUUUUAUGGCUAGCAGCCAUUUUGUGAUAUCCUCACAACUCAAGUUCAAAAGUGUAAUUGGACCCCAAAUCUACAGGGAAGUUAAACCUAUGUGUUUAAACUCAACUUGCCCUGAACUGAACUGGCCUCAACUAGCUAUCAUAUAAUGCUUCCAGAAACAAUAUCUCAUUUGCAGGUCUAAACCUCUCAAUGCACCCCAUUCUGAUCACAUUUUAUGUUCCAGAGGCCAGCAAAAAGCUGACUUCUUGUAAAAGAUAAAGAAAGUAGCAGUACAAGCAAGUAUCUACUGUAGCAGGAUUGACAGAUCUCAGUUAACCUCCAUCAGGAACCUAAAUGUAAUAGUGAUUAAUUUAUCAAACAAAUCAACAAUGAGGAGUGAGAGACUAGGUACAAUGCACGCUUGCAUUUUGGCAACUGCUCCUUCCAUAUUUAUGUAUCAAACCAAGAGGAGGAUGGCUGUUCUCAUAUUGGAAACCAGAGCAUG